AUGAAGGCGGGAUAUUUUGGGGAGACGAGACGGGGACAUUUUGAGGAGAUGAGGAAAGGUAGUUUUGGGGGUUUUGGGAGAGGUUUUGGGUAGGGGACUGGUCAUAUAGGGAGUAGGAGCAGGGGAGGUUUUGGGAAUGAGAGGGAAGGUCGUUUUGGGGAGACGAGGGUGAGAGGUUUUGGGGAGACGACGGUGAGAGGUUUUGGGGAGACGAGGGUGAGAGGUUUUGGGGAGACGAGUCGGGGAGGUUUUGGGGGGACACAGGCGGUAGGUUUUGGUUAGGGGAGGCGAGGUAUUGGGGACAGGAGAAGGGGAGUUUUGGGGGAAAGGAGGGAUGGUUGUUGUGGAGAGGGGAAGGAUGGUGGUGGAGCUGGUGUAAGAGAGAGGAGCAGGCGAGGACUGAGAGGCAGGAGGGACAAUAGUUUUGGAGAGAAAUGGGCAGGAGGUACUGAGGAGAUGAGUGGGGGAGAUUUUGGGGAGACGUGGGCGGGAGGUUUUGGGGAGGGCACUGGUCAUAUAGAGAGGAGGAGGAAGGGAAGUUUUGGGGAGACGAAGGUGGGAGGUUUUUUGGAGGAGGCGGGUAGUAUGGGGGAGUCGAGGGCGGAACGUUUUGGGUUUGGCACGGGUGGUAUGAGGUAGAGUUGCAUGGGAGGUUUUGGGAAGAGGAGGAACAGUGGUUUUGGAAAGGAGUGGGAUGGUGGUGUAGGGGAGAGGAGCGGGCGAGGACUGAGAGAGAGGAGGGUUUAAGGUGGGGAAGGAAGUUUGAUGUUGGGGCUGGGGGGAUGUGGAUGUUUUGGGGAAGAGGGUGGGAGUGGAAGUGUGGGUAAGAGGAGAGGUGGCAGUGAGUGUAAGAGAAGGGCUGGAGGUUGUUGGAGGUAGGAGGGUAGUGGAGCUGAUGACACCCAGGAGAGAGAGGGUGAGGGCGGACAGCAGCAGUACAAAGCCCCUGCUCUUCUGGAUGUACCGACCCAUCCUUUCUCCUGGGGAGGAAAAACAGUCAGCAAAGAAACAGACAACAAACUGUCAGUAUGAUGUGUACUGCAUAUAGAACACAUAUACUGUACAGAUUUACAGAUGGCUGUUUGUCUUAGUCAUUUAGAACUUAUAGUCAUUUAUAACUUUCAUUCUACAGACAUUUAUUUGUUUCAAGUAGAGAUUUGUAUCAUCUCACCAAUCUUCCCACAAACAUUUUUCAAUCCCUUUCCCCAUGUGCUUAAAUGAACCUCCUUGGCUAAAGGUUGUGGCCAUGUCAGAAUGCUGGCUAUGGCAGCUGAGUGCCAGCCUCAAAGAUGCCCACAAAGAUGGCUGGCGCUGUAUGGAAGAACUGCCAUGGAAUUGCCCUUUAGUUAACCACUAUCCCCUAUCCCUAUCCUGCCAAGCCUAACCCACAGAUAGAUAUAACGACAAGGUAAAAGACAGACGACACGGUACCUGGACAUCCCUUCACAUCAGGCCUUCACCACAGCUCCUUGAUCUGACGACACUCUUGAUCCAAGGAAGACACCUUGGCUUUUAGAGAAAUGGCUUUCGCUCCUCAUCGGACUAGACUGAGAAAGUACUGCAAAAACAACCCUCUGGUAUCCCAAACAGAGGAGACUAGACACAUUUCCUACACAGACCAACUGGAGAGAGGAGAAAGCUGGGCAGAGCUGUGUACAAGGAUGCACCCACCACUGCCUGUUUGUCUAUCGAGAAUGACUUGUUAUGGUCGGGACCAGCCAAGUUUGUCUUGGAGCAAGUGAGGAUGAGACACCUUGGUGUGAGGUUGUGGAGCGUGUACUGUUUUAACCUCUGUAAUGUAGCAAGCAGACUGGGACCGGAGGCAGAGGCUUGGCUGGAGUAAAUAAGGAUGGGUAAGGGGAUGGGCUGGGGCAGCAUAUGGGGCUAAGGCUGGGUUAUGGGGUUAGGCAGGGGAUGUGGAUUGUGAUAGAUAAGGAGAUUGGUAAGGGGAUCAGGAAGGGGAUGAGCUGGGGCUGCAUAUGGGGUUGGGACUGAGAUUGGGACUGGACAGAGUAUCACAAACAGAUGAUGUAUUUAUAGCAGUAUUUCCGAAUGCCUUUCUCAUUCUGAUUUGAUUGCCUUUACACUGUGCUGAUUCAAAGCCGCCGUAACGUAGAGGUGUCAUAGGUCACAAUCAACCACACAGGGGUUCCGGAAAUGAAACUGGGCUGGUUAUCAAAACAGUGUAGCUGUGUAGGACUCUAAAUCAAUGAGACUUCCUGAACCUGACAGUCUGAGGAAGAGCUUAUAACAAUUGUAACAUUCUAUUAUCUGGUUCAGAGCACAUUGAUUUGAUGAUCUCCAGUAUGCAGCUCGAUGGGAACACUGGUUAUCUGUGCAGCGCUCCACUCUGGCCAGACUAGUUGUCUAUGCAGACCAUCUCACACCUCAGUGACAGGAGAGAGGACUAUUACAUAAUUGAUCCUACACUGAAUGUUGCUUAGAGACUCACUAGCAGAAACACUACUGUAGUCAGGGGUGUCUUCAGUGUUUGUGGAACAGACAUGUUUUUCCUCCUAGGCCUCCAACACAACAAUGUGAUUCGGACACUGAUGAAUACAUACUUCUUUCAGACAUGGAAAGGGCAAGCUAGGAGAGGGUGGGAGGUAUUGUAAGGUCUCUCUGCAGCUUACAGUACAUUAUUGGGAGGUCAGAUAUAAGGCAGACAUACAGGCUGGAGAGUUCACAUAGAGCUGAGAAACCAUAAUAAACCGUAAAUCAUCAGACAAAAUGGCCAGGGCUUGAAUAUAGUCUUGAAUGUAGUACAAGUAUUUAAUUUAGUUAGUACAAUAUGAAAUGAUUGUAAAACAACAACACACUCAUUUUGAAAUGUAAAAGGGCUGUAUUUUAUGAAUUAUGAUAGACUAAAUUCCUAUGAAUCCAUUGAGGACAUAGCACUGGCAGCACACCUCAUGUUCUCUCUUUCACAUGAUGAACUCUGUGACAUAUGACCUCUGACCUUGUAAUACUGCCUUAAUAUGGGAUUACAAUCACGGGGGGUGGUUGAUGGUGAUGGUGAUGGGGGAGGACACAGGCCAGGGCCACAGGCACAGGGUGCUGAUGGGGGAGGGGAGGGGUGGGGAUGUCAGAAAUACAAUUACAUUGUAGGAUGUUAAAGAGCACACGUGUCAAACUCAUUCCACGGAGGGCCGAGUGUCUGCGGGUUUUCGCUCCUCCCUUGGACUUGAUUGAUGAAUUAAGGUCAGUAAUUAGUAAAUAACUCCCCUCACCUGGUUGUCUACGUCUUAAUUUACAGGAAAAACCAAAAACCAAAAACCAGCAGACACUAGGCCCUCCAUGGAAUGAGUUUGACACCCCUGUUAUAGAGGGUUAAUGGAUUAUCGCACAUAUGGUACAUUGUUGACAUUGUCUUUUGAAAAGACAAAGUCAGAGAGAAUUUGCAUGCGAGUGACUUUCCAGUACAUUUUCAAAUCCAACCACAAGAUGGUGCUCCUGAUAUUACAUAUGAAUAGGGUUGUAGUGGCUAAAUUGUCCAAUAUAAUUGUCCCAAUACAAUUUCCAUCCUAAUGCUUUCACCAUAAAGGAGAGAGGUGAAAUGUUAGUCUUGAUGCAAACAAAUCCAAUUUCCAGAGUUUGAUUCAAGUUGAAAAAUAAGAAUCAAUUUAUUUGUCGUUCUUCUUGUUACAAAAAUGUAAAGAAAAAUCUAACUAAUUCAUUAAAUUCAAACUAAAGAAACAAACAACAUGCAUGGUUUGGUAUGGUCAAAAGACUGUGUGCUGCCAUUCCAGUCACUCCGAAGAAGUGAAAGUGGAUUUAGGAAGCCCCCAAGCACCUCUCUGAUUCAGAUGGGUUGGGUUAAAUGUGGAAAACACAUUUCAAGUGAAUGCAUUUAGUUGUACAACUGACUGGGUAUCCCCCUUUCCUUCCCCUUUCCCAAUAGGCCUUGGAGCCUGUAGACAUUUGAACUGUGUCCCCCUUCCAACCAGUAGAGUGGGGUACACACACAAAGACUAGUGGCAAUCACACAUUAAUAUAUACAAUAUAAGCCAGGGAUGGGCAACUGGCGGCCCGCCCCUUUUGUAGGCCUGAAGAUCAAUUUCCAAAACUUACUGUUUAGCUAGAAUAGUAGAAUACACAAAGUGAAAUUUUGAAAUGUGGUUGUGCAUCAGCAGUUUUUCUCUUGUUCUGUUAUCACUGACAGUCACUCAAUUAAUCCAUGUCAGGUAAAUUAGUCUAGCCAGCUAUCUAAACUUAGUAAUCAUGGUCUAAUUACAGACUGUGGGCCUCUGUAUUUUAUUAGUACUCUCACUCAGAUAUCAUAUAAAAAACUGCAAACAUUUAUCUCCAUCCUAUGGCAAAAUGUGUAGAAUUGCAUGAAAUAGUUAUACAAUUGUAAAAUAGGGGGGGGGGGGGCAACAACAUUUAACUUAGGGCCCCCAAAAGGCUAGGGCCGGCUCUGUCUGCAUGUGUGGGUAUGCAGAACCAUGAGCCACUGCAGCCCCUCAGGAUGAGUUCAGAUUUCUUUGUGGCCCCCACCCCAGAGUUGCCCAUGCUCUGACAAGGUGGAACCUUUUUCUUAUUUUUUCUUUCCAGUGCAAUGAUAUUUUCACAGGUUUCUCUCUCAGCGUUUUCCUGUAGAAAUGUCCCUUUUAUACCUUUUAGUAUUACUUUGUGCAGUUGAAUGAGUGAAUGAGUGGAUAAGGGAAAAAAUAAGGAAUAUAUUGUAUGCUUUAUUUCUGCCUAGGAUAUACUGCCCUCUUGUGGUAGAGUUAUAUUUCCUCUCUCUGAUCGCUCUGUCUCUCUCUGAUCUCUCUCCAUUUCUCUCUGAUCUCUCCAUCUCUCCCUCUCUCUCGCUCUGAUUUCUCUCUUCUCCCUGUCUCAGACUUACUCUCAUUCUCUUGACCCCCUCCCCCCUCCCCCACACCUCUUUAUUCCUUAAGUUACAUAAUCAAUUAUUUCUGUUCUGUGGCAUUUGAGGAACUGACCGGGUUACUGCAUUACAUCCCCCUCACUUCCAAUCUCUCUGUGUGUGAGGAGAGCACUGGUAUGUUCUGUAGCUUUUAUUAGGAACAGAGGCCAUGGCAAGGGGAGCGAGUGUUUAAAGUUUCACGUAUUUUUUUAUUAGUCCUACAUAUGGGAUGCACUUGGUACACACUACUAAAUGCUUACUUGCAGGUUCCUUCUCGACAAUGCAACAACAAUAACACAUAAUAAAAGAAAGGAAUACGAACAAAGUCAAUGGCACAGUAGAAUAGAAUAAACAUUUUAGCAUAAGUGUAAUACAGGAAGGCACAAUUUAUAAUCUAAUAUGUACAUGUGAUUCAGGGAUGGGGGCAUUGGGUGGCGAGUGUUUAAAUUGUGCAGUAUUUAGCAAUAAUAAUGAAAGAGUCUGGUAGCAGCAGUUGUGAUGUGUGUGUAGCAUUAAUGUAUGUGUGUGUGUGUGUGUGUGUGUGUGUGUGUGUGUGUGUGUGUGUGUGUGUGUGUGUGUGUGUGUGUGUGUGUGUGUGUGUGUGUGUGUGUGUGUGUGUGUGUUAGGGAUGAAUAGUGGGAACCAGGUUACAGAGAUUUCCAGCCCAAACCCACUCCCUUUUCCCAGGACAUUUCUCCCGCGAUGCAGACAGCUGUAUAGGUUCCCUAAUAUAGGAGUAGUAAAGGCCCAGUGCACUACUUUUAUUAAUAUUGAUUGCUGCAGCACCCUCAGCACCCCUACUUCCUGCGGAUAUGGGGUUAUACAUAAGCUUCUAACUUAUAGCCUCUGUCUUUUGCACAAUUUGCACCUGCGCUCCCCUGGCCUCUCUUCCUAAAAAAACGCUCCUAAGCUCUUGGAGUCCCUCACCCCUAAAAGAAGAAAAAACCUAGACUAGAAUAGCUUGCUGGACAUUUUUUUUUUUAGUAUUUCUUAUACUAAUAGACUAUUUGUAGAGGGAUGCAAACUCUUGUUUGCUGAAUGUUAAAUACAGCAGCCAACAAUAGAACUCACGGGGAGUUUGAAAGAAGAGAGAACGUGUGAUGGCGGUAGACUAUAGCAGUUAUUUAUUCAGACCCAUAACCAUUCAAUCUUCAUGAAGAGAAGAGAAAGCCUUUUGCAUCUUAUUCUAGCCCUAUAUUAUUCAAGUAUGUCAUUACAAUGAUGAAGAUAAGGAAAACACAACUUAUUUUAUUUAACUGUUGAAAGCAAGGAAGGGAUGAAGCAACAAUCGAGAGAGAAAGGGGAACAUUAGGUUAAAAAGUAUUAUUAUUAAGUAUAUGUCAGCCGACUAAUUAUAAAAAUGUAAAAUAGGCCCUAUUAUAUUUCAAAAUUAAAUUCCUAGCCUAUAAUUGUAACUUUGUAGGCAGCAUGUCCUGCACCAGCAACGCUGUUCUCUCCCAGCUUCAUGGUUUGAACGAGGAGCGUAAUUCCAGUCCAUAUAAUACAGUAUAAUACAAUAGAGUAGAGUAAUACAGUCCACAAAAUUAGCCUAUUGGAGCUUGUUUCAUUUCUUUACCCAAGAGAGGAUAGCUAUAUCUAUGGGCUUUUAUGUUUGUCUGUCAUGCAUAAUGUGCGGUAACAUAUAGCCUACUGUAUAUCAUAGGCUAUUUAUUGGAUAAUGGCACAAUCAUUUGGGCUUUUUGGGCUUGGGAUCAUAAAAUGUCUUUAAUGUAGGGAUCAUAAAAUGUCUUUAAUGUAUGGCUCAUCAGGCUCAGGUAGCAUCAGACUUGACUCUUCAUGCUGAUCAAAGCUCUAAUCAAAUCCAGACAUAUUUAUACAACGCCUCUGAUUUUGGCGGGAAAUACCAGGUUACCUGUGAGAUUAGUGAUUUAUUCUCGGGGUGGAACAUUUAUAAAAUACAGGGAAAAUGUUCAACCCUAGUGUGUGUGUGUGUGUGUGUGUGUGUGUGUGUGGAUGAGUGUACAGUAUAUCUGUGUGUGUGUGUGUGUGUGUGUGUGUGAUUGAGUGAGUGAGUGCAUGUGUGCUAAGGUGCAUGUGGUCUGUCCAGUUCAAGUGUUCAGCAGUCUGAGGGCUUGUAGAUAGAAACUGUCUCUGAGACUUUUGCCCGACGGUAAGGGAUUGAACUGAUCGUGGCUGGGGUGUGUGGGGUCCUUGAUGAUGCUGCGGGCCUUCCUCAGGCACUGUUUCGAGUAGAUGUCCUGGCUGUGAUGCAACCGGUCAGGACACUCUCGCUGGUGCAGCGGUAGUAUUUGGGGAGGACCCGAGGUGGCAUAGUAUGCUGCAUCAUCUAGAUAUGUGUGCAACAAAAGUUCAACAUUCACCUUCUGCUACCAUUUCUGUCAACCCGUUUACGCUUACAGUGUGACGCACACGUUCGAUAAAUCAAACGUAUGCGCCACACAGAACACACUGCAACUGCCUCUGCAACGCAAUGCUGCAAGGCAAACGCAGCAUGUACUUCUGGUGUGACCAAAACGCAAAGACACAGUCGGUGUGUUCGAAGCGUUAGGAAGUAGAGACACUGUUGCACCCUCUUGACAAGAGUGGUGGUGUUGUUGGUCCAUGUCAAGUCCUCGGUGAUGUGGACGCCAAGGAAUAUAAAGCUGCUGACUCUUUCUACUGCAGUCCCGUUGAUGUGGAUCAGGGCAUGUUCCCCCCUCUGCUUCCUGAAGUCAACAAUCAACUCCUUUAUUUUGUUGACGUUGAGGGAGAGGUUGUUUUUCCUGUCACCACAAUGCCAAUUCACUUACCUCCUGCUUAUAGGCUGACUCGUCAUUGUUGGUUAUCAGGCCUACAACCGUGGUGUCGUCAGCAAACUUCAGGAUGGAGUUGGUGUCGUGCAAAGCCACGCAGUUGUGGUCAAAGAGGGAGUACAGCAGAGGGUUGAGGACACACCCCGGUUAACCAGGGGGCUCUGAGGUACCGGAAAAAAAAAGUGACAAACACAACGUAGCAGCGCAGCAGACAGAGUAAACAGCCAUGUAGCCUACUAUCUAUGGUGGUGAAAUGGACAGCACUCUCCAAGGUGCUGAUUAAUUCAAAGCAUUUUAGACGUCACUGCAGAACAUAUACAGUAGUAUGCCCACAUACUCAAGUAUAGCUGGGGGGCUUACACAAGUCCGAAUUUCUUAGCCUAAUUUUCAAGACAUCAAUGUACAGCAACAUUUUUAGAUGUCACUGCAGAACACCUACCAUAUGCAUUUGCACACAUUCUCAGCUGUGGGGCUUACAAGACCCGAAUGUCAUAUCAUUUUCAAGACAUCAAUGUAGCAGUAGAACAAAUAUCCCAAUAUUGGAAUAUAACUUCAAAUACAAUAAAUCAAUGUAGGCUACAGCAGAACACACAUAUGAGGAUAUAUAGGCUCCUGCCUAUGUGAUAAUAUGAAGCGCAUGUUCAGAUUGACUCCACAGUACAGAACACGUUUGUAAAGGAAAGAUAUGUUCCUACCUUUGUUUUCAAAAACUCGAACAAUGACUCUCCUCAUGUCAAGUCCAUUUAACUCCUGAGAGUCAAUUUCUUGCUCAAAGCGGGCCUUUGGCUGAGACAUUUAGCCUCCUUGUAAGCAGUAGCGGUGCGUGGGUAAAAUCACUGGGGAAGCCAAGCCCCCCCCCCCCCCCCCCAUGUGUUGUGAUAAUUGUGUUGUUUGCUCUAUAACCUCUUAAUUCAUAUGCCUUGCGACCGUGAUAUAUAGGCCUAAAGGCCGAGACAAUAAGAAGACACAGUGGCAGAAUAAAUUCAACCAUACCUUUUGUUUUAUCAUAAAACUAGAUAGCAACCUCUGUCCAGUGAAGUCCACAAAGCAUAUUGCAUGUACAGUAACAGACAGUUACAUGACCUACAGCAUGGUCAGGCAAGUUAAUGUUCCGACAUUUUCGGACCACUAAACAACUAAUGAUUUAGAACCACAGAGAGUUACUGCAAGUCGCAAAGAAAACAGGAGCUGCCUCCACUAUUCCAGCACCAUUUCAACUUCAACAUCAUCCAAUCACCUCUGCUUACUCUAAUACAGUGACAACUAAAAAGAUACCAAAAACAAUUGAGUCCAAUCAACGUAAGCUAAAUAUGAUGUGGCUGUCAAUGAUUCAGAUUUCUGUGUGCGUGUGUGUGCAUGCUCGUUCGAGCAAGUAGAAAAACAUGUUGACUCACCCUACUUGUAGAGAAACGCCAGUGCCAUCCUCCUCUCUUUCAUGUUGAUGAAGCGGUCUAUCACUCUGUCAUACAGUACACACUUUUUUUGUUGUUGUCCUAGGCUACCUGGCUAAAAUGCUUGCUCACUAGACUAACUUCUAUUCAUGGGCAACGUUAGCUAGUUAACAUUAGCCUUCUACAUCUAGCUACAUAUUGAACUUCCAUCAUUUCAGGCCAGGGGCACAACAAUGUAUGAAUUAAUGGUUAUAUCAGAAUCGCCGUUAUGAUCAUUGGCAAAUUUGUUUUACUUUUUUUGUCAAGGGAGGCCAGAUUCUCGCUGGUUUCCCUUGCAUUCAAUGCUACGGGCGGCAACAAUGUCAUACUCGUUUGGACCAGACAGCAUCAGAUAGAUGGCCUACACGUAGAGAGACAGAGGGAUGCUGUUUUGCUUGCUCGGAUGCUUUCUCUGGUGAGAUACAUUCAGCCUCUUGCGAAUUGAAGGAAAAUUAUGAAACACAGAGAGAUGAAAGAGAAAGUAUUGUUAUUUGUAUUUCUUUUUUAUUGGUAUUUUUUCGGGGGGAAGCCUGGCUUCCCUUGACAUCCAUGAAUACACGUCACUGCUUGUGAGGAUGUUCAGAAGAAGGGCUGCAGUGUCAAUGUAUUUUGUUGUUGUUGUGUUAAUUAUAACCUUAGUGUCCUCUUUAGUCUUGUCUACAAUGCUUGCUGACACUAAAUGUGCCUUGGUUUGGGCAUGUUCAAUAACCUUUUUUCUGAGGGCUUUUUUUAACGUUGGAGGCAGAGUGUGUUACUCUUUUGCUAGUUUAAUCCCUCCAGUCUAGACCAAUGCUCCCUACCUUUUUGCAUGUUGCACAGCCCAGCCUUAAAUUUUGCAUGACAAGCUAGGUGUUAUAUGUUUGCUUGUUCUUGAACUGAGCCUCCAUCCAAAUUGCACCUGCUCCGAGCACUUCGUCGGUGGAUGCACUGUCGUCGUACCCCCCCCCCCCCCCCCCCCCCCCCCCCCGGCAAACCCGUCCCCCUCUCCCGCCGAGUCUUGACUCGCUAGUAGGCCUACUAGCUAGUGGAGGUGCCGGUGGUGAUGCUGAACUGAUGGGAUUAGCAUUGCUGCUAGCUAAGGCAUUGCCAUCAGGAGCAGUUUCCCCCUCACUCCUCUCCUCCGGCACUGACAGUUCUUUGGCUCGUUUAAGGUUUGAUUCAGCAUCUUUCUCUGAAUUUUUGGACUUGAAAAACGUCAUCAAACUCUAUUGCCAUUUCUUAUUAAAUGAACAAAAAUAUAAAUGCAACAUGCAACAAUUUCAAAGAUUUUACUGAGCUACGAUUCAUAUAAGGAAAUCAAUCAAUUGAAAUAAAUUCAUUAGGCCCUAAUUUAUGGAUUUCACAUGACUGGGAAUACAGAUAUGCAUCUGUUGGUCACAGAUACCUUAAAAAAAAGGUAGGGGCGUGGAUCAGAAAACCAGUCAGUAUCUGGUGUGACCAACAUUUGCCUCAUGCCGCGCCACACAUCUCCUUCGCAUAGAGUUGAUCAGGCUGUUGCUUGUGGCCUGUGGAAUGUUGUCCCACUCCUCUUCAAUGGCUGUGCAAAGUUGCUGGAUAUAAUGGCGGAAACUGGAACACGCUGUCGUACACGUCGAUCCAGAGCAUGCCAAACAUGCUCAAUGGGUGACAUGUCUUGUGAGUAUGCAGGCCAUGGAAGAACUGGGACAUUUUCAACUUCCAGGAAUUGUGUGCAGAUCCUGUGUGCAUUAUCAUGCUGAAACAGGAGGUGAUGGCGGCGGAUAAAUGGCACGACAAUGGGCCUUAGGAUCUCGUCACGGUAUCUCUGUGCAUUCAAAUUGCCAUCGAUAAAAUACAAUUGUAUUCGUUGUCCGUAGCUUAUGCCUGCCCAUACCAUAACCCCAUUGCCACCAUGUGGCACUUUGUUCACAACAUUGACAUCAGCAAACCGCUCAACCACAGGACGCUAUACAUCCUGUUUGACAUCUAAAAUGUAUGUCAAUUGUAAAGUAUUUUGUCUGUAAUGUCUUUUCCGUUAUGUGUCGAAUCCCAGUAAGACUACCUGUCACCAUUGGCGUCGGUUAAUGGGGAUCAAAUCAAAAAUCUGCCCGGUACAGUCUAAACCGGGAUUCACCCAUGAAAAGCACACUUCUCCAGCGUGCCAGUGGCCAUUGAAGGUGAGUAUUUUCCUACUGAAGUUGAUUGCGACGCCGAACUGCAGUCAGGUCAAGACCCUGGUGUGGACGACGAGCACGCAGAUGAGCUUCCCUGAGACAGUUUCUGACAGUUUGUGCCAAAACCACAGUUUCAUCAGCUGUCCGGGUCGCUGGUCUAAGACCAUCCCGCAGGUGAAGAAACCGGAUGUGGAGGUCCUGGGCUGGCGUGGUUACACGUGUUCUGCGGUUGUGGGGCCGGUUGGACGUACUGCCAAAUACUCUAAAACGCCGUUGGAGGCGGCUUAUGGUAGAGAAAUGAACAUUCAAUUCUCUGGCAACAGCUCCAGUGGACAUUGCUGCAGUCAGCAUGCCAAUUGCACGCUCCCUCAAAACUUGAGACAUCUGUGGCAUUGUGUUGUGUGACAACACUGCACAUUUUAGAGUGGCCUUUUAUUGUCCCCAGCACAAGGUGCACCUGUUUAAUGAUCAUGAUGUUAAUUCAGCUUCUUGAUAUGCCACACCUGUCUGGUGGAUGGAUUAUCUUGGCAAAGGAGAAACUAACUAACAGGGAUGUAAACUAAUUUGUGCACAAAAUUGAGAGAAAUAAGCUUAUUGUGCAAAUGGGACAUUUCUGGGAUCUUUUAUUUCAGCUCAUGAAACAUGGACCACCACUUUACAUGUUGCAUUUAUAUUUUUGUUCGGUAUAAAUUUUUUAUUUGGCUUUACCAGGUUUCAAAUUCAGUAGGGAGACUGCUAGCCUAGGCUACAUGAUGUGUGUCAAGAUCAGUUACUUACCCAACCGGCCCUCACCAUAUCCUAUAUGUACAAAUAAGAGAGCAGGUCUGGAAGGAUAGGAUGAUUACACAGUAGGAUCCCCGCACUUUUACGUGAUGAUUUUUCUGGGAGGCGGGAGAAAAAUCAAGGAGGCAGGCAACUUGAUUUAACUCUGAUCACUUUUAAUAGAAUGUUUACAGUGCAAACAUUGAAACAAUUAAUAAAUCAUGCCGCGAGAGGUACCGUACUGAACAGAGUGAAAUCUGAGAGGUGCCGAAUCCUGUUAAUUUAAGCACUGUUGUUCCCGAUCCUCACAGCCUGUGGUCUGCCCGUCAGGAAGUCCAGAAUCUAGUUGCAGAGGGUGGUGUCCAGACCCAGGGCUCUGAUCUUGGUCAAUCUGGGAGGGAACAAUAAUGUUGAAUGCUGAACUGUAGUCAAUGAACAGCAUUCUCACAUAGGUGUUCCUCUUGUCCAGAUGUGUAAGGGUUGUGUGAAUAGCGAUGGAAAUGGCAUCUUCUGUGGAUCUGUUAGAGCGGUAGGCAAAUUGGAGUGAGUCCAGUGUGCCUGGCAUGCUGGCCUUGAUGUGGCCCAUGACCAGCCUCUCGAAGCGUCAUCUUGUUUUUCUUGGGCACUGGGAUGAUGUAUGUGUGUUUGUGUGUGUGCUUGAUCGCUGAAGCCAGGGUUGGCAUUGUAGCUGGGUCUGUGGUGCCUCCAUCUCUCACAACGUUCACUCCUGGGGCUGCCUUCUCUCUGUGGGAGUUUUCCGUAACUCUUCUUGGGGCAUUAAUUUGUUAUAGAACACUCUGUGAGGAGGACAAGGGGUUGUACUUCAAUCAAGUGGAAGGAUUGAUGAGCUGCCCCUGAACUACAAAGGUGAAGGGUCAAGUAUCAUGAACAGGCAUGGAGUUUCAGGCAUAGAAAAUUCACAUUACUCUGUUACUGGCACAGCCUGGUCAGUUCAGUCUUUAUAAAUAUCACAAGAUGCCUCAACUCAAGUUGAUUGGGUGAACCUUGGAAGACCUCUUGUCCAUCUAACUUCCCAGGACUUGUCUCCAACAGAAAGUGAUUCCUUCAAAUCAUAUUAUGUCAUCUAAUCCAAGAGGUGAAUUACAGAGUGAGUUUCCAGAGCACAGAAAACAUUCUCAGUGUUGUGUGUGUAUACAGUUCGGUAGCCUGGUCCCAUCUGUAUGCUCUUCUUUAGCCAACUAUUCUGACAACAAUUGCAUGCAUGCCACCAAUGUUCAGAGGAGCUGGUUAAAACACAUACAGAUCUGGGAUCAGGAUAAUGGGCCACAGCCCUGACUCAUCAGUCAUCAUCAGACAGAGCAUACUGUAGUUUAUCAUCUAACCUGACCUAGAUCUAGUCCCCAAAAGUCUUUAUGUAAACAUCUCUCUCAUUUGGUGACGUACUCUUAAGAUCCUCAUGAUUCCCAUACCAAAGAAUGGUAAGAAUAUACAUACCAGAUCAUUCUAAACAUUUGAAACAUUCUAUGAAUGUAUGGUUAAGAAUGUGUAUUUGCAUACAUACUGUAUGUACAUGUGUUGGUAUGUGUCUCCAAAUCAUAAAACCAUAAAACAUCCAAUGAUUUAGAAAAAGCACAAAAGCUGGUGUCUGAAUGUUGACAGCCAAGCUGCCUUAUUACACACACAUCUCUGUCCUUAAUUUGAUCCAGCUGUAAUUCCUGAGUGCAAGGCAGGCAGCAUACCAGGAAGAGCAGUCAUCAGCAGCACCGACUGUAGGCAGAAGGCACUAACCCUCAACACAUCACUGUGGAUAGAAAACCUUUUUGCUCAGCUCAGUCCAACCACAGGGAACACACAGGUAUUGUAGGUACUGUAGGUAGACCUCAGAACACUGAGGGAUGUGAAACGGUUUAACUCUACUCAGAAACCCAAGGUUACCUCAGUAACACUUCGUUCUCUGGGUUGGUUUGUGUGUGUGUGUGUGUGUUAAUCACUCUGUUAGAGGCUGGGGAGCCGAGGCUCUGUAUCUCUACCCCCUUGGGCUCCAUGAUAAAAUAUGCAGCAAGAAACUUGCAUGCUGCUCUCGUAGGCCUACUUAGGCUUUGCUUCAUUGUUAAGUGAAUAUUAAAGCAAAAUACAACUGUGAAAACAGAAAAAAUAUGUUAAUGUGUGUUGGGUACUGUACUGUCUGAGUUGAAAAGUCCAACAACAAUUGCUCACACAAUCGGUUAAUGUGUAAGACAUCAGAGUGAACCGUGCCACGACUGUACACAGUGAUUUAUUCCAGCCCUGCCCCCUAUUGCCCCCAAGGGAAAGGGGAAGGAAAGGGAAUACCCAGUCAGUUGCACAACUAAAUGCAUUCAACUGAAAUGUGUUUUCCACAUUUAACCCAACCCCUGUGAAUCAGAGAGGUGCUGGGGGCUGCUUUAAUUCCACUUCAUCGGCGCCUGGAGAGCAGUUGUUGUUGGGGAGCAGCCCUUGAGCAACUGCCUUGCUCAACGGCAGAGCGUCAGAUUUCUCCCUAUUUUUAGUUUUUUUCUAUUAUAUUCCUAGUAUUUUAUUGCAAUUAAAUAACAAGGCCUACACAGCAAAUAAUAGGAAUAAUAAAUAAUGAUGUAUUUAAUUAGAAUUAAUUGUCCAUGAAAUAAUAAUCAGCUGCUAUCUAAUUCUGUCCUCCUGUCCAUAUUAUAUGGGCCCAUUAGCCAUAAACUGUAGCCACGGAAGUUCAAGGCCGACCGGGGUACUGCAGGCAUUGUUUGCAGAAAACAGGAUCCCCCAUUAUAGUGGAUGGAAAAAUGUCAAUCUUGGUGGUUAAUCUUCGUGUAAGUUAAAAAAAAUUUUGAAGUCAAUCAUGUUGCCAAUAAUUGCUUCUAAUACACCAGAUAUAUGUCCCUUGACUGAUUAUUUUAAAAUCGCACACAGACAAAGUUAUGAGGAUCAACUUAAACAGGAAGCACCCGUGGUAAGGACUAAUCGAUGUUGGUCUGACCAAUCGGAAUCUAUGCUUUAAGAUUGUUUUGAUCACGCGGACUGGGAAAAGUUCAGGGUCGCCUCUGAGAAUAGUAUCUGACGUAUGCACUGACUCGGUGACUGGGUUCAUCAGGAAGUACACAGAAGAUAUUGUUCCCACUGUGACGAUUAGAAUUUAUCCAAACCAAAAACCAUGGAUAGAUGGCAGCAUUCGUGCAAAACUGAAAGUGCGAACCAUCGCAUUUAACUAUGGAAAGGUGACUGGGAACAUGGAUGUGUACAAACAGACCAGCUAUGACCUCUGUAAGGUCAUCAAAGAGGCAAAAUGACAGUACAGGGAAAAAUUGGAGUCGCAAUUCAACGGCUCAGAUAUGAGACGUAUGUGGAAGGGACUCUAGACAAUCACAGAUUAUAAAGGGAAAGCCAGCCACAUCGCGGACACCAAUUCCUCGCUCCUGGAUAAGCUGAAACACUUUCUUCAACUGCUUCAAGGAAAAACAACAUCGAGCCACCGACGCGGGCCCCUUCCGCUCAUGAGGACUGUGUGCUCUCGUUCUCCGUGUCCGACGUGAGUAAGUCAUUUAAGUGUGUUAACCCUCGGAAGGCUGCCGGCCCAGACGGCAUCCCAAGCCGCGUCCUCAGAGCAUGUGUAAACCAGCUGGCUGGAGUGUUUACGGACAUAUUAAAUCUGUCAGUCUGUCUCCCAGUCUGUUAUCCCCACUUGCUUCAAGAUGUCCACAAUUGCUCCAGUACCCAAGAAGCGAAGGUAACUGAACUAAAUGACUAUCACCCCAUAGCACUCACUUCUGUCAUCAUGAAGUGUUUUAAGAGGGUAGUUAAGGACCAUAUCACCUCCACCUUACCCGACAACCUAGACCCACUACAAUUCGCAUACCGCCCCAACAGAUCCACGGUUGGCGCAAUCGCCAUUGCACUGCACACUGCCCUAUCCCACCUGGACAAGAGAAAUACCUAUGUAAUAAUGCUGUUCAUCGACUACAGCCCAGCCUUCAACACCAUAGUGCCCUCCAAGCUCAUCACUAAGCUCAGGGCCCUGGGUCUGAACCCCUCCCUGUACAACUGGGUCCUGGACUUCCUGACGGCCGACCCCAAGUGGUGAAGGUAGGUAACAACACCUCAGCCACGCUGACCCCACAGGGGUGCAUGCUCAGCCACCUCCUGUACUCCCUGUUCACCCAUGACUGCAUGGCGACGCAUGUCUCCAACUCAAUUAUCAAGUUUGCUGACAACACAACAGCGGUAGGCCUGAUUACCAACAAUGAUGAGACCGCCUACAGGGAGGAGGUGAGAGCCCUCGCGGAGGGGUGCCAGGAAUAUAACCUCUUCAUAAAAGGUCAACAAAACAAAGGAGCUGAUCGUGGACUACAGGAGACAGCAGAGAGAGCAUGCCCCAAAUCCACAUCGGUGGGGCCGCAGAGCAGAGGGUCAAAAGCUUCAAGUUCCUCGGUGUGCACAUCACUGUCGACCUGAAAUGGUCCCUUCACACUGACAGUGUGGUGAAGAAGGCACAACAGCACCUCUUCAACCUCAGGAGUUUGACACAUAUGAUUUAGAAUUACAGGUGCAUCAAAGCUGGGACUGAGAGACUGAUAAACAGCUUCUAUCUCCAGGCCAUCAGACUGUUAAACAGUCACCACUAGCCGGUCUCCGCCCAGUACCCUACCUUAGUCACUGUUACUAGCCGGCUACCACCCGGUACUCUACCCUGCACCGAGACUGCAUUGCCCUAAGUACAUAGAGUCAUUGAACACUGGUCACUUUAAUAAUGUUUACAUACCGUUUUACCCACUUUAUAUGCAUAUACUGUAUUUUAGUCAUGGCUCAUCCUAUAGAACUACUGCUGUACACACCUUUUCUAUUCAUAUACUGUCCAUACUGUCUGUACACGCCAUUAUAUACACUGAAUAUACAAAACAUUAAGAACACCUGCUCUUUCAUGACAUAGAUUGACCAGGUAAAAGCUAUGAUCCCUUAUUGAUUUCACUAGUUAAAUCCACUUCAAUCAGUGUAAAUGAAGGGGAGGAGACAGGUUAAAGAAGGAUUUCUAAGCCUUGAGACAAUUGAGACAUGGAUUAUGUAUGUGUGGCAUUCAUAGGGUGAAUGGGCAAGACAAAAGUGCCUUUUAACUGGGUAUGGUAGGAGGUAGGGUUGCACGAUAUUGGAAAUAACUGACAUUGCGAUAUUUUGUUUUUCUGCGAUAUAUAUUGCGAUAUGAAAAAAAACAGGAUGUAUGUAUGAUCCUCUGGGGAAAAUGCAGUUUGCAAACAGCGACUUUUCAGGUGGAAGUCCUCGUUAAUAAAGUGUAUGGUCAGAUUUAUGUAGGGCUCCGCUGUCCGGCUGGACCACAAGUCCGUUGUUGCUGUAUAAUAUUCCACUUGUGACAGCUCUGUUUCAACUUGUGCCUUGCAUUUCUCGUACAACUCUGGGAUGGCAACUUGAGAAAAAUAGUUGCGUGAUGGCAUUACAUACCGCUUGUCAAGCGACCGGAUCAUGUUUUUAAAACCCUCUUUGGUAACCGUGUUAAUUGGUACCAUGUCUUUGGCGACGUGAAAUGUUAUUGAAUCUGUGAUUUCUCUCUGCCGUUUGGAACCUUUCUCGUAUGGUGUAAUACUGGCAAAGGCAUCCGAAAUAGAUUUUUGCUUUGGAGGGCAUUGAGAUGCUUUGCACUCGUCAUACGAAGAUUUGUGGUGCCGCCUUAAAUGAUCGAACAAAUUGGUCGUGUUGCCUCGUGUUGUGGCAACAAUUGCAAGGCACUCUCGACAAAGUACCUGUUUUUGGUCAACAUCAUCCUGUCUGUAGCCAAAAUAUUUGCAUAUAAUUGAUGAUGCAUUUCUUUUUGCAACCAAAUUCUCAAUUUCUGUAUUUUUUGCCUGUUCCGCGCUCAUCAUUUCGUCACGCGCAAGCAGAGCCUGCAUGUCAACCACGUGCAACAACGAACUCUGUGUUUAACAUAAUAAUAAUAAUAUUAAACUGUGUAUCCAAUAACCCAUAAAUCUGAGUAAAUUACGUUAUAUCAGACAGAUAUAAUGCUAGUUUAAAAUUUUUAAAAAAUACAUAUAUUGUAGACUGAUAUAUGUUUACCUUACUAUUCUGAGGGUGAAAGGGUUGGGUGCAACUCAAUAUUAGGAAGGUGUUCCUAAUGUUUUGUAUAGUCAGUGUAUAGCCUAUUUAUUUAUAUUCUGGACUCUGACAUUGCUCGUUCUGAUAUUUCUUUCUUUUUACUUUUCAAUUAUGUGCAUAUUGUUGUCCAGGUAUUAUUACUGCACUGUUGGAGCUAGAAACACCAGCAUUUUGCUGCAUCUGUUAUAACAUCUGCAAAUCUGUGUCAAUAAACUUUGAUGUGAUUUGAUUUGUCCAGUCAUAUAUACAGUCAUUGGGCCUAGGCCUACCGCACCAUAGCCUCAUCUCGUACUUAUCCUCAUGAUAAUGCUGUGUUCCGUUCGUAGUCUGAACUAGGAAACUCCGAAUUUUCCGACUUGAUAACUGGUGGAAUGCGGCAUGUGUACAACCAGUUAGCAAGUCGGAAAUGUCCGUGUUUCCUAGUUCAGACUAGUACAUGAAUGCAGCAUAAAUAACUAGCAUCAAUUUGGCAACCUACGCUUUCUGUCUCUGCUCGGUUUUGCACAGGUCCACUUCGAUGCAUUCCAGGAUAAGCACAGAUAAAACAAUGAGCCAGAUAUUUCACCGGAUGUAUAAAUGUGAAGCAGCCGGUUGGCGUUUCCUUUCGCUACCAAAUAUGGUGAUGAGAGGAAGCCCAGUGGCCGGCAGCGGGAGAUUUGGGCGAUAUUCUGCUAAUUUUCUCAUCGAUUAAAAAUGUUGAACUCCAUACAGUUUUCUGUUUCCAAAACCAGAAUCUGUAAUAAACAGAGUGGACUGCGUUUUGUAGACUAUCCUUUGCCAAGGUUUCAAAAAAAUUGCGUUGUUUAGAAGGAGUUCAAGGUUCGAAUAUAGUUAUUGCACAUACGCACUUCACAUAGUAGGCGUUCCCUAACGGAAAUAUGUAAAUAAAUGCUAGAACGCGCCAAUAGGAUCUCACCAGUUCGUGCUUGCUUCUCCAAACGUCCUUACUUGUUCUGCCCACUAAGAUUAAUUUGCUCCCAUUUCAAACGACAGGCUCUGGUCUAUCUUGGGUUAGUUAUAAGAGUCUUUGGUAUAAAAAUAGGCGGAUUGGAUCGUACCAUUCUCUCAAAAAAUAUUUUAAUUGCGCUUCUUUUUACGUAUUUUCAUUUAAUUUCAUUGUGUCAUAAAUGUUGUGUAACAUAACCAUUUAAUGCUCACAAGAUGAUCUAGUCGUGCAUUUCAAAAAUGCGCACUCCCCCCGUUACGUGUUUGGUUUAGUCCCACAGACUGCCAUGUUGGAUUGAGCCAAAGAUCUCCUGCUGCUCGCGCUGGAGUUCCGAUGAAAGUUAGGAUCUAUCAUCUUCAAGACGUUGCAGGAAUGUUCUCAUAAUUUGGAUAGAAGGAGGACCUUGCGUUGUGUUUGGAACCAACGGGGAUAUUAGCAUACUAAAGCUGUUUCUAUCGGGUCGUGAACAGACGUGCAUCGAUGUGAGGGUCCGGUUGCAGGCCACCGGAGAUCAAUGACUGUUUGUUUGGGUUUCAUACAACGACGAAUCGGAAUCAAAACACACCUUUUGGUUGAUUGUCAAUAAUGAGUGGCCAUCUGCCGCAACGGCGGCCCGCUAACAGUGGAUCCAUACUGCUAACCCCACAAGAGAACGACUGUCUCUUCAAUUACCUUGGCAGGAAAUGCACCGUAAGUUUAUCAGUUGUUAUACUUUCUUGACUAAUUGCUCGUGGAUGAUGUUUACCCGUUUCAGGAUGAACUGAAACCUGUGUAAUUGAUGCCUCAAUAUGUUUGAUAUGAUAACAACCGAAGGAAAACACUGACGGUCCUUCCCUUUGCUUCUUUGGCUAGACCGGUGGAACAGGGGUAGGGAAAAGGGAAUGUUGAUAUCCCGGGACACAGUGACAUUUGGGCGGUAGAAAGUUUCAGUCAAGCCCCGAGGCCUCUAGUGUUCCCCUGACACACCUGCAUAACAUGGAAACACCCAGAAGAGCCAACUACUGUUACCAAGAAUGUGCUGUUCGGUUUUGUUGGCCUAGACCAGGGCCAGUGUUUGGAUCAGACCAGGGCCAGUGUUUGGAUCUGGUAAACUCAUCAACCUGGCCACGAAUUAUUAUUCGUACUAACAUUGCAUAAUGCCUUGGCUGAUUUUGGAAGUAGCCUGUUUGUUCAGAACAAUUUGUCUGGCAUACUACCACACUUGGCAUGCAUUGUUCUGUUGUCCACACAAUGCUUUCUCAUAGGCAAUCACACAAUUCAAUUCAGUUGAUUGUUCUCCUCGGUUUUUGAGAUGCAGCAAUCAGUGAAGAAUGUGACCAAUGUAGCAUUACAAUGUAUCUCUGUGGCAAAUUAACUCUGAUGUGCAGGGGCGCUAUUUAAUGUGACGGCCUGAAAAUUAUAUUAUAUAACGCGUUUUGUUAUCAGUUGACACUGCCAGGAAGUUAUAUUUCAAUAGAAACAAUGUGUCCUCUUGAAACAUGAUCUGCAUUGUUUGCAUCCUUUAACCUCUGUAUUUAAUUUGGUGUAAUGUACAAUAGAAUUGUAUUGCCCUACGCUUAUGUCAACAAAAUAGGUAUACUGUAUCUAUUCACUGGUUUUACACCCCAUUGUGUCAACUUGAUCUAUGUCAGUAAACUACCCGGCUAGCCUUGGGUGGUAGGCUCCUCUUCAUCUGAUGACAAUUCAGAGAGAGAAUGCACCCACCCCCUUUAUUUCACUCUCCAUAGAGGUGUGUGCUACUUGUAAACACCAGGUUGGUUGAUGCAAUUGGAUGCCAUUUAAUGUUGUUAAUCAGUGCAUCAGGCAUGUGGUUUAAUCAGAUUUCCUCAUGGAUAUGGGUCAGGUUGUGUUGCGUAAUGUUUGAAACUAAGUUUGGCUUCUUGGCAAGUUGGCAGGUUUCUGCCCAGUGUGAAGUCGGAUACUGCUCGCACACGUUCCCUACAGUGGUUGAGCCUACAGUUUCACUAGAGUAGACGAGUUGAUCGUUUUGUCUCGCUAGUAACUUUCACAUGCCACAUUACCACACCCUUUGUUACUUCCCCAGAUCACCUGGCUUUGAGUCAUGUCACCUUUGUCAUGUUCACAAAGUAGGCUAAGAUGGUGUUAAGGAAGUAGACUUAUCUUUCUUUCUCACGUGGUGGGCCAGAAGAGUACCGCCUCCUACCUCUCAGUCACAGUCAGACCUGUCCCAGGUGUGUCUCUGCACCUGUGUUGAACACCUGUAUAAACAGCCAAUUAUGUUGUUCCAGAGACAUCCAGGCCAUGUCACUCAGCAUGUGACACAGCCUAGGCAGUUGCGAGGAACAUUUCUGCCUCUCUCUCCUCAUGAAAAAAAUAUUGUUAAAAUCUACGAGGAGUGAGUGAUUGCUUGUUAUGUAAUGGUCUCAUAUAGCUAGAGAAGAAAAUGUAGUAAUUCAUCAUCACUGCUGCUGUCUUUUCUCUUCCUUCACAGAGAACUCAAGCCCCUGGCUUCUGUGUUUAACCUUUUGUUUAUUCCAGUUGUUGAAGGCCAGUAAUGUUAUGCUAGCUGUUAGCCAGAAGCUAAGGUCUCUAAUAGCCUGUUGAGCCGUCAGUGGAUCUCAGCUCAGGGUCUCUCUCUGUGUCUCUCUCUUUCUCUCUCUCUCUCUCCUCUCUUUCAGUCAUUCAUACAUACAAACAGUGAGCAGCACACUCUGAAACGCAGGCCCUGCCAAAUGAUGAAUCACACAUGUGAGAGGUCCAACCUGUGCUGCUGUGGUUUCACUGACAUUCAACUAAUCGAUAUUCCUGCUGCUUCACUUUUUACUAUCAGCACCUGGCUAGAGGUGGAAGCUAUCCAAUUCAUGUUCUGUGUGUGUGAGUGAGACCGAGACGCAGAGACUGCCUGAUCAGCAGUCCUCUCCAGCAGGAAGUGCGGUGGUCGACCUCCUCCAGUGUUUUGUGCUGGAGUGGCGAAAACGUGCCCUUUGAUCUUAACCUCAUUCUCUCCUUCCCAACCUCUUCCCUGUUCCCUCUCUUUCCCCACCUCGGCCUCCCCUUACCACCCCUACUCUGGGCCUCCCAAUACCAGUCUCUGUAUUUCCUACUACUCUCCAGUCUUUACUACUUUCCAACUCCACUCUGACUCCCCCCCUCCUUCCCAACCCCAGCUAUUCCCACCCAAUCCCAAUUUUUAGGCUACAUGGGAAAUACUGUCAGGACAUGGAUGAAUGAUGCACAGUUACAGUACAUUCGUCAUCCUGUUUGUUUGUUUCCACUCUGAGCUCUCUACAGUCCUGCUGGCUAUAGUGUGUAGUAGCACCAGCAGCCUGGAGAGUGGUGCCGUGGCGAUGUCACUGGGACUGGGUGCUUCCUGUGGCCAGCGGGGUUGUUUCAGGCUGCCACUGGUGAUCAGAGCUGGAGAGGCUGAUCGAUGAUACAGUUCAGCUCUCUGUGACCUCACUGCCUUAGCCCUGUUGUGAGCACAGCCAGCUAGAUGAGCACAGACAGAUAUUGCUUUCUUUGAAAUGUAGGCUAGGCUAGAAAGCUUCAUGUCUCCAGACACUGCACAGCCCUUAUCCAUCUGUGUGUAGUUAGCUACUAGGCCUUCUAGUAAACUUGGUUUACCACUUUCUGCUCUGGUCUGCCUUUCAUCUGCAGGGUAAUGGGCCUGAACCCCUUUGCGAGGAGGCUAGUAAACUUGGGGAAGAACCUGGGUUCGGUUUCCCAAAAGCAUUUUAAGGCUAAGUUCAUCAUUAGAACCUUCGUAGGAGCAUCGGAAAAUCUCUGUGCUGUUUCCCAAAACCAUUGUUACUAAAGUUGCUCUUGAAAACCCUCGUUAUUUACCGACUGCCUCAGACCACUCGUAAAACAGUGAAGUGUGUCGUUAGCUGCUUUUUUACCCUUCUGAGUCACUUUAUUCACAGAAAAUCUCUGCUAAACAUAGAAUGAAGAUGUUUAUCUGUCUGACUGUGACCAACCAUAACUUCAGAACAAAGUGGACUACAAAUAGGCCUACAAACUUGCCAAAAUCUUUGCAAUUGUUACAAACAAGUGAAGGAUAAAAAGCUUUAAAUUAAACCGAAGAUGACUGCAUUAAAAUAUACUUUUGGUCAUGUAGUGUAUGUUCGUCGAACAUCUCAUUCCAAAAUCAUGAACAUUAAUAUGGAGGUGGUCGCCCCUUUGCUGCUAUAACAGCCUCCACUCUUCUGGGAAGAUGUUGGAACAUUACUGCUGGAAAUUGCUUCCAUUCAGCAACGAGCAUUAGUGAGGUCGGGCACUGAUGUUGGGUGAUUGGGCCUGGCUCGAGUCGGUGUUCUAAUUCAUCCCAGAGGUGUUCGAUGGGUUCGAGGUCAGGGCUCUGUGCAGGCCAGUCAAGUUCUUCCACACCGAUCUCGACAAACCAUUUCUGUAUGACCUCACUUUGUGCACGAGGGCAUUGUCAACCUGAAACAGGAAAGGGCCUUCCCCAAACUGUUGCCACAAAGUUGGUAGCACAUAAUUGUUUAGAAUGUCAUUGUAUUGUGUAGCGUUAAGAUUUCCCUUCACUGGAACUAAGGGGCCUAGCCCAAAUCAUGAAAAACAGCCCCAGACCAUUAAUCCUCCUCCACUUAACUUUAGUUGGCACUAUGCAUUGGGGCAGGUGGUGUUCUCCUGGCAUCCGCCAAACCCAGAUUAGUCCAAUGGUGGCGUCCAAUGGUGGCGAGCUUUACACCACUCCAGCCAACGCUUGACAUUGCGCAUGGUGAUCUUAAGCUUGUGUACGGCUGCUCGGCCAUGGAAACCCAUUGCAUGAAGCUCCCGACUAAUAGUUUAUUGUGCUGACGUUGCUUCCAGAGGUAGUUUGGAACUCUGUAGUCAGUGUUGCAACCGAUGACAGACGAUUUUUACGUGCUACAUGCUUCGGCACUUGGCGGUCCCGUUCUGUAAACUUGUGUGGACUACCACUUUGCGGCUGUGCCAUUGUUGCUCCUAGACAUUUCCACUUCACAAUAACAGCAUGUACAGUUGACCGGCGCAGCUCUGGCAGGGCAGAAAUUUGACAAACUGACUUGUUGGAAAGGUGCCAUCCUAUGACGGUGCCACGUUGAAAGUCACUGAACUCUUCAGUAAGGCCGUUUUACUACCAUUGUUUGUCUAUGGAGAUUGCAUGGUGGUGUGCUCGAUUUUAUACACCUGUCAGCAAUGGGUGUGGCUAAAAUUGCCGAAUCAUUAAUUUGAAUACAUAGUGUAAAUAGGCAACGUGUAUAUAUUUUAAUCAUAUUAAAAUACAUUUUCAGUCAAAUUGUAUUUGUCACAUGCUUCGUAAACAACAAUGCAGAGUUGAAGAUAAAAUAAAAAUUGUGACGAGGAAUAAAUACACAGUGAAUAACAAUAAAGGGUAAAAAUAACAUGGCUAUAUACAGGGACUACCAGUACAGAGUCGAAUGCAGUGGUAUGAGGUAAUUGAGGUUGCUAUGUACAUUAAGUGCCUUCAGAAAGUAUUCACACCCUUUGACUUUAUCCACAUUUUGUUACAGCCUGAAUUUAAAAUGGAUUAGGCCUAAAUUGACUUUUUUUUUUAUCACUGGCCUACACACAAUAACCCAAUAAUGUCAAAGUGAAAUUAUGUUUUAAAAUGUCUAAGUAUUCAACCCCUUUGUUAUGGCAAGCCAAAAUAAGUACAGGAGUAAACAUUUGCUUAACAAGUCUCGUAAUAAGUUGAAUGGACUCACUCUGUGUGAAAUAAUAGUGUUUAACAUGAUUUUUGAAUGACUACCUCAUCCCUGUACCCCACACAUACACUUAUCUGUAAGGUCCCUCAGUCUAGCAGUGAAUUACAAACACAGAUUCAACCACAAAGACCAGAGAGGUUUUCCAAUGCCUUGCAAAGAAGGGCACCUAUUGGUAGAUGGGUAAAUAGAAAGAAGCAGACAUUGAAUAUCCCUUUGAGCAUGGUGAAGUUAUUAAUUACACUUUGGAUGGUGUAUCAAUACAACCAGUCACUACAAAGAUUCAGGCAUCCUUCCUAUCUCAGUUGCCUGAGAGGAAAGAAACCGCUCAGGGAUUUCACCAUGAGGCCAAUGGUGACUUUAAAACAGGUGCAGUGUUUAAUGGCUGUGAUAGGAGAAAACUGAGGAUGAAUCAACAACAUUGAAGUUACUCCACAAUACUAACCUAAUUGAUGGAGUGAAAAGAAGGAAGCCUGUACAUAAUAUUAAUAUUCCAAAACAUCCUGUUUGAAACAAGUCACUAAAGUAAUACUGCAAAAAAUGUGGCAAAGCAAUUAACUUUUUGUCCAGAAUACAGUGUUAUGUUUGGGGCAAAUCCAAAAACAACACUUUACUGAGUACCACUCUCCAUAUUUUCAAGCAAAGUGGUGGCUGCAUCAUGUUAUGGGUAUGCUUGUAAUCGUUAAGGACUAGGGAGGUUUUUUAGGAUAAAGGGAAACGGAAUAGAGCUAAGCACAGGCAAAAUCCUAGAGAAAAACCUGUUCCAGUCUGCUUUCCACCAGACACUGGGAGAUGAAUUCACCUUUCAGCAGGACAAUAACCUAAAACACAAGGCCACAUCUACACUGGAGUUGCUUACCAAGAAGACGAUGAAUGUUCCUGAGUGGCUGAGUUACAGUUUUGACUUAAAUCUGCUUGAAAAUCUAUGGCAAGACCUGAAAAUGUUUGUCUAGCAAUGAUCAACAACCAAUUUGACAGAGAUGAAGAAUUUUGAAAAUAAUAAUGGGCAAAUGUUGCACAAUCCAGGUGUGGAAAGCUCUUAGAGACUUACCCAGAAAGACUCACAGCUGUAAUCACUGCCAAAGGUGCUUCUACAAAGUAUAGACUCAGGGGUGUGAAUACUUAUGUAUAAUAUAGAAUUUUGUGUUUAAUAUUCAAUACAAUUGCAAAAAUGUCUAAAAGCAUGUUAUGUGUGUGUUGGGGUUUAAGUAUGUGUGAGUUUGUGGGUAGAAUCCAGUGUGUGUGUGCAUGGUCAGUGCAAGAGAGUUGGUUCAAAAAAGGGUCAAUGCAGGUAGUCCAGGUAGCCAUUUGAUCAGCUAUUUAGCAGCCUUGUUCAGCAGUUUUAUGGCUUGUGGUAGAAGCUGUUCACUUGGUGCACUGAUACUGUUUGCCAUGCGGUAACAGAGAGAACAGUCUAUGGCUUGGGUGGCUGUAGCCUUUGACAGUUUUUAGGGCCUUCCUCUUUCACCGCCUGGUAUAGAGGUACUGGGUGGCAGGGAGCUCGGCCCCAGUGAGGUACUGGGUGCCUUGCAGUUGCCGUACCAAGCGGUGACGCAACCAGUCAAGAUGCUCUCAAUGGUGCAGCUGUAUAACUUUUUGAGGAUCUGAGGGCCCAUGCCCAUGUUAAUUCCUUAGUAAUGUGGAUACCGAGGAACUUGACGCUCUCAAUCUGCUCCUCUACAGCCCCGUCAAUGUGGAUGGGGGCGUGCUCGCCCCACCAUUUCCUGUAGUCCACAAUCAGCUCCUUUGUCUUGCUGAUGUUGCAGGAGAGGUUGUUAUCCUGGCACCACACUGCCAGGUCUCUAACCUCCCAAUAAGCUGCCUCAUCGUCGUCUGUGAUCAGUCCUACCACCGCCGUGUCGUCAGCAAACUUGGUGAAGACAAAUUUCAAUUGAGUUAUAUUUUGCCAAUAGGCUACUGUCUCUGUAAUUUGUCUAUUGACGCACUUAGCAAACAUUCUCUCUGUGUGGUGUUUUGGCCUUCGGACGCUUCGUUAAAACACUCGUAGGCCCUGAUCUUGAGUCUGUGUAGUGGAGCCUGACAUCUAGCUCUGCUUAGUCAGAGGGUUCUGCUGCAGGCCUGUGUGCCCCAGCAGGAUCACACAUAAUGGGCAUGGAAGGAAGGCUAGACCACAUCAGUCUGUGUAAGACCAUGAGACACUUGGCAAUAACUUUCCAGUUAGCUCUGUUUGAGCUAGCCCUUUAUCUUUAUGACAAGUUCUCUUCAAAGAGCUGAGGACAUUGUUGGCAUUGCUGCAGCAGAUUCACUUGAUAACCACUGCUCCCUGAGACAGCCUCCUCCUUCUAGUGCUUACAGGUCUAGAUACAUUACUGACAUGGCUGCUGUCUGAGUCAAUCAGCGGUGUGAUACAGCUCGUUCCUAUAGAGAAGGGCGUAGAGGCUGUUACAGUGGGACACACACUGCUGCCAACAGUAAAGACACGUUAUGACAGGCCAAAAUUCCUGUCCUUCUCUCAUUACUAUAAGUAAGUGACAGAGUAUAUUCACCACUUUAUUGGCAGCCUGACAGGCUACUUUACCGUCCUGCGUGAGUAGACUGCUGAGAUGUCAGUAAGCCAUACAGAGGACAGUAUUGGCACACGCACACAAGAGGACAGGGUGACUUUAGUCCUGCUGUGAGAUGAACAGCACUGCGGUAGUCUAAACUCUGCCAAUGCUGUCACACCUCUGUAGUAGUGUUUCUGCGCAUACAGUAUUUGCAAACCUUUAUUUAAAGGUCGACUCGGCGAGAUGACGUUGCCCUGAGCAGCUCUGCAGAUAUUGAGAUGAGCGCGAUGCAAGACUUGCACAGUCACACAGAGUAUCUGCGCAAGUGCAUGGGUGCGCUUCACGCUGUUGUAUAAAAAAGAAAGGGUGUAGAUCAACUUUAAUAUUGCAGAUAGAUUGUAACUUCCAUCAAUGUAAUUGUCUGCAUCAUUUCCAAUCCCCCAUAUGUUUAAAAAAAUAUAUUUAUAUACAUAUACACGACCGGUCAAGAGUUUUAGAACACCUACUCAUUCAAGGGUUUUUCUUAAUUUUUUACUAUUUUCGACCUUGUAGAAUAAUAGUGAAGACAUCAAAACUAUGAAAUAACACAUGGAAUCAUGUAGUAACCAAAAAAGUGUUAAACAAAUCAAAAUAUAUUUUACAUUUGAGAUUCUUCAAAUAGCCACCCUUUGCCUUGAUGACAGCUUUGCACACUCUUGACAUUCCCUCAACCUGCUUCACCUGGAAUGCUUUUCCAACAAUCUUGAAGGAGUUCCCACAUAUGCUGAGCACUUGUUGGCUGCUUUUCCUUCACUCUGUGGUCCGACUCAUCCCAAAACAUCUCAAUUUGGUUGAGGUCAGGGGAUUGUGGAGGCCAGGUCAUCUGAUGCAGCACUCCACUCUCCUUGGUAAAAUAGCCCUUACAUAGCCUGGAGGUGUGUUGGGUCAUUGUCCUGUUGAAAAACAAAUGAUAGUCCCACUAAGCCCAAACCAGAUGGGAUGUCUUAUCGCUGCAGAAUGCUGUCAUAGCCAUGCUGGUUAAGUGUGCCUUGAAUUCUAAAUAAAUCACAGACAGUGUCACCAGCAAAUCACCCAAACACCAUAAAACCUCCUCCUCCAUGCUUUACGGUGGGAAAUACACAUGCAGAGAUCAUCCAUUCACCCACACCGCGUCUCAAAUUUGGGCUCCAGAACAAAGGACACAUUUCCACCUGUCUAAUGUCCAUUGCUCGUGUUUCUUGGCCCAAGCAAGUCUCUUCUUCUUAUUGGUGUCCUUUAGUAGUGGUUUCUUUGCAGCAUUUCGACCAUGAAGGCCUGAUUCACGCAGUCCCCUCUGAACAGUUAAUGUUGAGAUGUGUCUGUUACUUGAACUCUGUGAAGCAUUUAUUUGGGCUGCAAUUUCUGAGGCUGGUAACUCUAAUGAACUUAUCCUCUGCAGCAGAGGUAACUCUGGGUCUUCCAUUCCUGAUGGCGGUCGAUGGCAUAGCGCUUGAUGGUUUUUGCGACUGCACUUGAAGAAAUGUUCAAAGUUCCUGAAAUGUUCUGUAUUGACUGACCUUCAAGUCUUAAAGUAAUAACUGUCGUUUCUCUUUGCUUAUUUGAGCUGUUCUUGCCAUCAUAUGGACUUGGUCUUUUACCAAAUAGGGCUAUCUUCUGUAUACCCCCCUACCUUGUCACAACACAACUGAUUGGCUCAAACGCAUUAAGAAGGAAAGAAAUUCCACAAAUUAACUUUUAAGAAGGCACACCUGUUAAUUGAAAUGCAUUCCAGGUGACUACCUCAUGAAGCUGGUUGAGAGAAUGCCAAGAGUGUGCAAAGCUGUCAUCAAGGCAAAGGGUGGCUAUUUGAAGAAUCUCAAAUAUAUAAAAUAUUUUGAUUUGUUUAACAAUUUUUUGGUUAGUACAUGAUUCCAUAUGUGUUAUUUCAUAGUUUUGAUGUCUUCACUAUUAUUCUACAAUCUAGAAAAUAGUAAAAUUAAUGAAAAACCCUUGAAUGAGUAGGUGUUCUAAAACGUGUUACCAGUAGUGUAUACAUACAUACAGUGAAGGAAAAAAGUAUUUGAUCCCCUGCUGAUUUUGUACAUUUGCCCACUGCCAAAGACAUGAUCAGUCUAUCAUUUUAAUGGUAGGUUUAUUUGAACAGUGAGAGACAGAAUAACAACAACAAAGUCCAGAAAAACGGAUGUCAAAAAUGUUAUAAAUUGAUUUGCAUUUUUAUGAGGGAAAUAAGUAUUUGACCCCCUCUCAAUCAGAAAGAUUUCUGGCUCCCAGGUGUCUUUUAUACAGUUCCCUCAGCCAGGGCAUUGAAAAUGGGUCGUGGAUGGGUAUUCCAGCAUGACAAUGACCCAAAACACACGGCCAAGGCAACAAAGGAGUGGCUUAAGAAGAAGCACAUUAAGGUCCUGGAGUGGCCAGUCUCCAAACCUUAAUCCCAUAGAAAAUCUGUGGAGGGAGCUGAAGGUUCGAGUUGCCAAACGUCAGCCUCGAAACCUUAAUGACUUGGAGAAGAUCUGCAAAGAGGAGUGGGACAAAAUCCCUCCUGAGAUGUGUGCAAACCUGGUGGCCAACUACAAGAAAUGUCUGACCUCUGUGAUUGCCAACAAGGGUUUUGCCACCAAGGACUAAGUCAUGUUUUGUAGAGGGGUCAAAUACUUAUUUCCCUCAUUAAAAUGCAAAUCAAUUUAGAACAUUUUUUACAUGCGUUUUUCUGGGUUUCUUUGUUGUUAUUCUGUCUCUCACUGUUCAAUUAAACCUACCAUUAAAAUUAUAGACUGAUCAUGUCUUUGUCAGUGGGCAAAUGUACAAAAUCAGCAGGGGAUCAAAUACUUUUUUCCCUCACUGUACAUGCAUGCAUACAUACAUACAUACAUACAUACAUACAUACAUACAUAUAAAUACAUAUAUUUAAACUCAGCAAAAAAAGAAACGUCCCUUUUUCAGGACCCUGUCUUUCAAAGAUAAUUCGUAAAAAUCCAAAUAACUUAACAGAUCUUCAUUGUAAAGGGUUUAAACACAGUUUCCCAUGCUUGUUCAAUGAACCAACAAUUAACGAACAUGCACCUGUGGAAUGGUCGUUAAGUAGGCAAUUAAGGUCACAGUUAUGAAAACUUAGGACACUAAAGAGGCCUUUAUACUGACUCUGGAAAACACCAAAAGAAAGAUGCCCAGGGUCCCUGCUCAUCUGCGUGAACGUGCCUUAGGCAUGCUGCAAGGAGGCAUGAGGACUGUAGAUGUGGCCAGGGCAAUAAAUUGCAAUGUCCGUACUGUGAGACACCUAAGACAGCGCUACAGGGAGAUAGGACGGACAGCUGAUCGUCCUCGCAGUGGCAGACCACGUGUAACAACACCUGCACAGGAUUGGUACAUCCAAAUAUCACACCUGCGGGACAGGUACAGGAUGGCAACAACAAUUGCCCAAUUUACACCAGGAACGCACAAUCCCUCCAUCAGUGCUCAGACUGUGCGCAAUAGGCUGAGAGAGGCUGGACAUCCUCCUCCCUCAUGUGGUACCCUUCCUGCAGGCUCAUCCUGACAUGACCCUCCAGCAUGACAAUGCCACCAGCCAUACUGCUCGUUCUCUGUGUGAUUUCCUGCAAGACAGGAAUGUCAGUGUUCUGCCACGGUCAGCGAACAGCCCGGAUCUCAAUCCCAUUGAGCACGUCUGGGACCUGUUGGAUCGGAGGGUGAGGGCUAGGGCCAUUCCCCCCAGAAAUGUCCGUGAACUUGCAGGUGCCUUGGUGGAAGAGUAACAUCUCACAGUAAGAACUGGCAAAUCUGGUGUAGUCCAUGAGGAGGAGAUGCACUGCUGUACUUAAUGCAGCUGGUGGCCACACUGACUGUUACUAUUUUGACCCCCCCUUUGUUCAGGGACACAUUAUUCCAUUUCUGUUAGUCACAUGUCUGUGGAACUUGUUCAGUUUAUGUCUCAGUUGUUGAAUCUUGUUAUGUUCAUACAAAUAUUUACACAUGUUAAGUUUGCUGAAAAUAAAUGCAGUUGACAGUGAGAGGGCGUUUCUUUUUUUGCUGAGUUUAUAUACAUAUCCUUUUUUUAAAGGAUGUACAGUGGGGGAAAAAAGUAUUUAGUCAGCCACCAAUUGUGCAAGUUCUCCCACUUAAAAAGAUGAGAGAGGCCUGCAAUAUCUUUCAUCAUAGGUACACGUCAACUAUGACAGACAAAAUGAGAAUUUUUCUUCCAGAAAAUCACAUUGUAGGAUUUUUAAUGAAUUUAUUUGCAAAUUAUGGUGGAAAAUAAGUAUUUGGUCACCUACAAACAAGCAAGAUUUCUGGCUCUCACAGACCUGUAACUUCUUCUUUAAGAGGCUCCUCUGUCCUCCACUUGUUACCUGUAUUAAUGGCACCUGUUUGAACUUGGUAUCAAUAUAAAUGACACCUGUCCACAACCUCAAACAGUCACACUCCAAACUCCACUAUGGCCAAGACCAAAGAGCUGUCAAAGGACACCAGAAACAAAAUUGUAGACCUGCACCAGGCUGGGAAGACUGAAUCUGCAAUAGGUAAGCAGCUUGGUUUGAAGAAAUCAACUGUGGGAGCAAUUAUUAGGAAAUGGAAGACAUACAAGACCACUGAUAAUCUCCCUCGAUCUGGGGCUCCACGCAAGAUCUCACCCCGUGGGGUCAAAAUGAUCACAAGAACGGUGAGCAAAAAUCCCAGAACCACACGGGGGGACCUAGUGAAUGACCUGCAGAGAGCUGGGACCAAAGUAACAAAGCCUACCAUCAGUAACACACUACGCCGCCAGGGACUCAAAUCCUGCAGUGCCAGACGUGUCCCCCUGCUUAAGCCAGUACAUGUCCAGGCCCGUCUGAAGUUUGCUAGAGUGCAUUUGGAUGAUCCAGAAGAGGAUUGGGAGAAUGUCAGAUGAAACCAAAAUAGAACUUUUUGGUAAAAACUCAACUCGUCGUGUUUGGAGGACAAAGAAUGCCGAGUUGAAUCCAAAGAACACCAUACCUACUGUGAAGCAUGGGGGUGGAAACAUCAUGCUUUGGGGCUGUUUUUCUGCAAAGGGACCAGGACGACUGAUCCGUGUAAAGAAAAGAAUGAAUGGGGCCAUGUAUCGUGAGAUUUUGAGUGAAAACCUCCUUCCAUCAGCAAGGGCAUUGAAGAUGAAACGUGGCUGGGUCUUGAUCCCAAACACACCGCCCGGGCAACGAAGGAGUGGCUUCGUAAGAAGCAUUUCAAGGUCCUGGAGUGGCCUAGCCAGUCUCCAGAUCUCAACCCCAUAGAAAAUCUUUGGAGGGAGUUGAAAGUCCGUGUUGCCCAGUGACAGCCCCAAAACAUCACUGCUCUAGAGGAGAUCUGCAUGGAGGAAUGGGCCAAAAUACCAGCAACAGUGUGUGAAAACCUUGUGAAGACUUACAGAAAACAUUUGACCUGUGUCCCCCACUGUAACAAAGUAUUGAGAAACUUUUGUUAUUGACCAAAUACUUAUUUUCCAUCAUAAUUUGCAAAUAAAUUCAUUAAAAAUCCUACAAUGUGAUUCUCUGGGAAAAAAAAUCUAAUUUUGUCUGUCAUAGUUGUCGUGUACCUAUGAUGAAAAUUACAGGCCUCAUCUUUUUAAGUGGGAGAACUUGCACACUUGGUGGCUGACUAAAUACUUUUUUCCCCACUGUAUAUGCGCUUCACGCUGUUAGUGUGGUAGCUACGGGACCAAAACAGAAGAAAAGUUUAGCCUCACACUUCAACGCUCUUAGAUGUUGCGGAUAUCGGCCUGAUAUUGCGUUUACUUGGAUUGUCGAGUCUACCUUUAAACCAGGAGGUUGAUUCCAUUUUUCUUUUAAGGGAGACCUGGCCAACACUGCUUCACUGUAAAACAUAGACUGAGAGUCUGUGGGUCUCAGUUAAAUCCCUAUUCCAACCAUUUGACGUUUUAGUCAUUUAGCAGACGGUCUUAUCCAGAGCGACUUACAGUUAGUGCCUUCAUCCCUUGUAUCAGGGGUACUAUACUCUCUCAUCACAUCAUUCAUUAACCCCUUGUGCCUCUCUCUCUCUCUCCCCUGCAGUCGCUGUGUUCUGCGGUGGUGCAGGUAUACUCAGCAGACAGGAACUCAGCCUGGACCAAGAAGUGCUGUGGUGUGGCCUGUCUGGUCAAAGACAACCCAGCACGAUCCUACUUUAUCAGGGUGUUCGACAUUAAGGUGGGUUUAGUUCACACAUAAAACACAGACCAACUCAGGAUCACUGCAGCACGGAUUGUCCUUUACUAUAGAGAUGACAAAUAGUUCUGAUCACUGUACACACUCUCAUACACUUCUUUAUUUACAUACACGUAUAGGGCUGUCGAGGUGACCGUAUUACCGCCACACCGGCAGUCACGAGUCAUGAAGGCAGUCAAAUUCCACGUGACCGUUUAGUAACGGUAAUGAGGCUUCUCCAAGCUCUGAUGCUGCUGAUGGUCAUUAGUAGCCUACCAAACUUGCUAACUGCCUGGUACUCAGCACUCUAUUGUCCCCCUAAUCACUCUGACAUCAAUGCAGAUGUAAUCGAAAAUAGAAUCAAACACUUAAUGAGAGCCCUUGAGCUCAUGUUGCGCAACAUUUGUAUAGGCUAUGCAAUUGCGUGAGAAAACGGAGUGAUGGCCUCUACUAAAAAGAAGAGGAUGCCAUCAGCUUUCUGUAGGCUUACUAUAUUCAUUUCUCAACUUUCCCAUUAUUAAGCACAUUGCUUAUCUUUACAACAGGAGUAUAGCCUACCUGGCUGGCAUGAAAAUGAAUCACGGGAAAAGCGUCCUCCAUUCGCUAUUUAAGUGCAUAGAUUACUUGUAUUUUUCCCGCAGGUGCAUGAUAAUGGUCCAUUCUAAAUCAAAACAGAUUUCACACAUAUAUUAUUUAGUAUAUGUAAAGAUGAGAUUAAAUCAAUAAUAGUCUGAUGGGUGACAAUAUUAGCCUAUCACUUGUGAAUGAUAUAUUAUCACUUGUGAAUGAUGCCCAGCAUCAAGCCUUUUUUUGCGACUUUUUCGAAUCAUAGUCGCACACCUCAUGUAGCCUAGCCCAUAGGCCUAUAUGUUUUGAUAAGGUUUGUAUCACAACUAAAGUGGCCAAAUAACUUCUUAAAAUUAAGCACAUUAAUCCGCUUUACAAGGGGUUUAGAGCAUAACUGGUAUACAUAAGCAGCGCGUGAGUUUCAAGUUUGGGGAAAAUGAUUUUCACCAUAAAAAUGCACCUUUAUAAUAAAAGCAUUACAUGCAUAAUCGCAUUUGCGGUCACUUUUGAUAAUGGUGUUUUCCUGCUAGUGAAACAUUCCCGCUUAUAGCCUACUGCCAUGUGCGCAUUGCUGCUCUCAUAAUGAGAAGAAAUAGCCUAAUAGUUUAUCAACAUUCAAGCUAAUUCUUCUGAUCUGUUGUGUCAGCCACAUUGCGUAAAUAAAUGUUUUUUUGAUGCUUGUGCUUGUAUUAAUUUGGGAUCUAUUGCAUCCCACAACUGUCGACUUUUGUACUAUGGGGGAUAGUAGAUUGACAUGGACUAGUGCUUUUGCUGUUCGUUAGGCCUACUCAGCUUGUGGACAGUUCUUCCAAUAUCUUCAAUAUGCACAUCGGAAUUGGAUAAGGACGCGAGCAGUUGCAGACCCGAUGUGUCUCUCUUCACUUGCAGCCUGUGAGAAAGACCCGAUCACGUGAUUGAGAGCGCGCAGCACUCAGUGAGAAGGGCACAACAUAGGGUGGUCCUCUGUAGCUCAGCUGGUAGAGCACGGCGCUUGUAACGCCAAGGUAGUGGGUUCGAUCCCCAGGACCACCCAUACACAAAAAAAAAUGUAUGCACGCAUGACUGUAAGUCGCUUUGGAUAAAAGCGUCUGCUAAAUGGCAUAUUAUUAUUAUAUUAUAAAGGCAUGGAUUUUCUUAGGGUGCGUUACAGCCACAAAGGGGAUGCCGCCGUGAAAUUCGAGGCAUUAUCAAGUGCUUGUCAAAUUGUGAAUGAGAGACUUGGAGUGUGUACAGCCUGCGCAAAAAACAAAGCAGAGCUCAUGCCUUUCCAGCCACUUUUUUCAAAUCAUCGUUAGUCGCAUCAUGCAGCCUUAAAAUCUAUUAAAAAUCGAAACCUAAAGCCCUACGUUUGUAGAACAACUAAAGUUACAUGAAUAACUCUAAAUUAAGCAUAUAGGCUUACCUAUUUCUUUGUUAACCGCUCAACACAGAAUAGCCGCAUGUGCGCACUUCCUCAAAUCGUUUGGAGAAAAUAUUUAUAUUUUCUUUGUUCAAUUGUAUUCUUUAUACUAUAAAAUAAUGCCACGGAAUUCUAAGCAAAUCUUGUCUGCUAAAUGAACAAGUGUAGCCCACAGCCAUUUGACAUAGCCACAUCAGGACCUAACAUAAGGACAACUCAGAGUAUGCUAUUCUGUUCUUCUGAAAUAGACUACAUUUCCUUCAUAUCAUGCUUCUUUAGACCUGCCUAAAAUAAAUAAUGGAUUUAUUGUGAAGGUGUAGGCUAUAUUACAUGGAUUUAUAAGACAUUUUAAAAUGUAGAUGUUCCAAAGGUCUGCAUCAAUGGCUUGUAGGCUAUGUGUGGAAGCCAGGAGAUACUGAAUGUGAUUAUGUUGAUUAACGGUCAAUUACCGUGGGACCGACAGUUAUUUGCUUGACAAUCACCGGCUGACGAUAUUUCGAGACCGCCACAGCCCUAUACACGUAUACAGAAUCUAUUCACACACAAUCUUUGUCCAAUACCUACAUGCUCUCUCUCACAAAUACACACACACACACUAAAUCUGUGGAUGUGCCCUUGAGCAAGGCACUUAAUCCUAAUUUGCUCCAGGGGCGCCGUACUACAGUGGCUGACCCUGUAAAACAACACAUUUCACUGCACCUGUCCUUUGUAUGUGACAAUAAAACAUAUUUCUUUAAAAUAAUAAUUCUAUCCACACACUCACACUGUCUCUCUCUCCACAGGAGGGUAAAACCAUGUUUGUGCAGGAGCUCUACAACAACUUCUCAAUCACUUUUUCCAAAUCUUACUUCAUCACAUUCGCAGGAGACGUGAGUUAUACCUUUCUCUAUGUACUUGAUGUACCUUGCUCCAACCAAGUCCUUUCACAUGACAUUAAUAGCAAAAACCUGUGUGUGCCAUCUUUUGAAGCUUGCAGUGUUGUUCGUUGUUAUGACAUUCCACUUCGUGUUUGUGUGUGUAGUCGUGCCAGAUGGGACUGAACUUCGCCAGCGAGGAGGAGGCCAAGCAUUUCCGGGAAGCCAUGGGGGAGCUGCUGGGGAGACGACAGAGAAAAUCUGGUGACUACUACCUACCGACGCCAUCUUUGAUUCUACUGACCUCGGACCUCUGAUAUUAAAACCAUCUCCUCUCCUCUGACCUCAGCCUAGUCUGCUAAUGUUUGGACAGAUCCUCUCAAUUUUGAGAUAUGGAUCUCUCCUCCUCUCUAUGCCGUCUCUUUUACUUCCUGAUUGUACAAUUGACAGCUCUCUCUCUUCCUCUCUCGCUCUCUGGCCCACCGUUAAGGGCUUUAGCUCCGGUAGAAGGGGAGCAGAUCUAGAAUCAGCUUUACGAUCUCCUAAAUCCUAACAUAAACAUGUGCCUGAUCAGCUAAGAUCAGUGUCCAGGGGCAACAGUGCUCUUCCAUGCCUCUUUUUGAAGUGCUCCUUGAGAUCAGCUUGCUAUAAUAAGGUCAGGACUAUUUGUCCUCUGUCCCAAACCAGCAAGAGUCUAUGCAGUUUCUGUAUGGAUGAUGACCCUUGACUCUUUUAGAUUUGAGCUCCGUUUUGUCAGUCUGUCUGAUCGUUCUGGUAAAUCACUAACUCGUACACGUACGCUUGACGAUCAAUCCGCACACACGCGCAUCCUCCGCCUAUCCAACCAUAUACUGCUUAAAAACUAACUCUGUCCGAACCCCCCGCUUGCAGAUUAGUUCCUCUUUGAUCCAUACACUUCAGUCACCUGUGACUCCAUACCAAUCACUUACCUCUCCCUUUCACUAACACUAACACACAGCACUAUACAUGAGUUUAAUUCUAUACAUUUUGUUUUACAGAAAAAAGACGUGACCCUCCAGGUCCAAAUGGUAGGUUCUUCAUGAAAUUCACUCAAGUCUUUUGUUGGAAAAUCAUUUUGAUUUGAAUCAGAAAUCGACAUAGACACUAAGUUUUCAAUCAAAUAACCCUGAAAUUAUUGGACUUAAAAUAUACAUACACGUAAACAAACACGCUCGUCACUUCCUGACUUCCCCACAUGGCUUUGAUGGAAUGGUUCCAGUGUAAAGCCAUUGGAUAAUCCACUGAAAGCAGGGUGUCUCAGAGUGAACACCACUCCCAACCCCCUAACUAACAGAUUACCUACCCUACCCCCCAGUCCUAAUCGUAACCAUAAGGGGCAUGGAAGUACUAAAUAACUGACUGUAGCAUCAGUGGUGAAAGGCAAUUUGUACGUACCAUAGACCCGCCUUACAGGACAUGCUUAGGUAUUCUGCAUGCACACACUCCAGAAAGCCAGUUCUACAGGGACGUUGAGCAGAUCCCUCCCCUCAAUCUUAAAAUACCAAACCUGUAACACCACACACUCUCACACUCCAUCACACACUCCAAACCUACCUCCACAGUAGAUCACUUAGCUAUAGAUAAGAUGCUAUAUAUAACCAUGUAGAGUAUAAGAGGUUUCUAUUUGAGGUUUCAUUCUCAAAUCCCCUCUCAUCACUACCCAGACAGGCUGCGGUGUGAUACGGUUCAUUGGGUUUUUCUUAAACUUAUGUCACUUAGUACCAGAGCUUUCCUUACUGUCUAGAUACUGUAGUAGUCGAAAGUGCUCCCCAUAAUGUACUGGUCUGACUGGGUGGACAGACCAUGUCACCCCAGUCAACCCCUGGUCUGCUUAAUCAGGCUAAGAGGAUUUAAUUCAGCUGCUAAUGUUAGUUACUUCACAAUACUCAGACUACCCCAGUCCCCUCACACUCACAGCACUGGCAAUGUGGAACAGAGGGAGUAGAGGAAGGGGGGGGGGGGGGGGGUGGAGGUAAGAAUGUGUGACAUUUUCUCUUCAUAGCGGUGACCUGUAAACAGAUUGCUGAGGAUGACGUUUUUACAUGGCACGGCCCAGACCUAUCCUGUCCUAUGAGGGUUGAUCAGACUGGCAUGGUUUGAGCUGUGCCCAGACAGACAACAUUCUGGCCUAGCUGGCAUGGUGUGUUCUGCCUGUGACCAUACAGCGGUUUGUCUGUGGUGUCCCAGCGGCUGCAGUAAUGACGGGUGAGAAUGGCUCUGCUGAUAGGAAGAGAGCACAGACAGAUCCAGUGAUUGUACCACGUUGGACAGAUGGAUGUAGUGUUUGUUUGGGUCUGACUCACUAGUGUGUCUCGGGGGAAUUAACCAUGUUCACCCGGUAGGUUACAGCUUCAAUUGUUGCCCUGAAUGCCCUCUCUCGUUCACCCCUCCCCCUCCUCCCCCUCCUCCUUAUCGCUCUCUCUCUCCCUUUUUCUCACACCGUCUCUCCUUCUUUCUCCAUGCUGUCUCUCUUUGAGUCCUGUCUCCCACCCAGCCAGCCUCUCUCUGAUGUAGAUUCAUCAUGUUUAAGAGAACCUCAGGGAUUAUGGUGGAUUAGCAGUGGGCAUUAAUGGUUAUGUCAAAUCCAGCUGCACCGUGAUUUGCUGGGAUUAGAGGUGGGCUGCAGUUGGGGGUGUGGUUUGGCACGCUGGUGGAGAGGGGAGGAGGGCAGAAGGGAAAGAGUCGGGCUCGGAGAGCUGGAACCUGGCAGUGCUCCCUGUUGCGAGGGGGAGGAGAGAGCACUCUGUUUGGAGGCGGGGCCAGUUGUAGCUGUGGCAUUUGCCCAACCCCUAGGCACCUCACUCAGCCGGAGGGUCUUAGUCUGCCUGCUGUCUGUCUGGUCGUAACCUGCUCAGUCUCCUCUCUGGUUGUUCCUCCACCUGGUUCUCUGGAUCUGUUUUUGGAAACUCCUGGAGUUGGUUCUCUAGUUCUGUGGCUCGCACACCCUGUGUUCCUCUCUGGAUGUCGCUCUGAUUCUCUGGAUCUAUAGAUCAGUGGAUCUCUGCGCUAUAGCCCAGGACUGGGCACCACAUAGUCUUGCCCCCCAUGCUGCCAUCAUCGCUCUGAGAUGAUGUUCUGUACCACCUUCCUGUCCUCUCCCUCUGAGGACCUAUCUGAGGGGGGAGGAGGAGGGGGGAUGCAUCCGGGAGGGUGUCUCUCCACCCUCCACUGCCUGAUCCUUCCCCAGGAGGAACUAUAUGCGCCCCCCUCGGACCCCACCACCCGCCUCUCGCUACGCCACAGGGACCACGCCUGCGGCGUGGUUGGUAAGAUGCUGCUGGACGUCAACAUGGCGGCGGCCGGAGGUUGUGAGGGGGACAGAGGGGAGAGGAAGGGGGACGGAACUCCCUGUGACUGUAGUCCCUCAGUCUUGCCCUCGGUCAGACAGAGCCCCCGUGGGUACUCCAGCCACAGAGGUAGGUGGUUAAGGAGUCGGGACACUCGUCCAUAGAAUUCAGUAUGGAUUGACCACUAUGUGGGUGUCACAGGACGUGUGAGCCAUAGGUAGUGGCAAUAUUAUUCAGUGUGAGGAUUCCACGCGAAUUUCAUCCAGUCAGUGUUGUAGUAGUUUUUUUUGUUUGUUUCGUGUUUACUGUGCGUUGGUCUAUCCCUGCAGUCCCUCUAGCAGACAUCUCUAUGACUAACUGCCCUAAGCCUAAUGGGAGGCAUUAGAGAGGAGAUGGUUUGACAUGUGUGCUUAGUAAGAAUGUAAUGUGAUCACAGCAGCAGGUAGUGUGUUGUGACGUUGGCUGAACUCUCCAGGUGUUAAAAGCCAGCCCACUCUCUCACCCUGUGUGCGCUCUCAUUGAACUAAUUGGAGGAGGUCGCGCGUCAACAAUGGAAGUAGGCCUCAUUAAUGAAAUGUCAAAAGUGUAUUAUUGUAAUCAGUAUGUUAAACUACCUAGUUCUGAGACACUGGUCUCUCUCCCCCAGACCCAGACUCCCCAGGACUGUUGCAUUGUGGGUACUGUUGUACUGACUCUUCUGUUCCUCCCCAGGCCCUGCCCUGCACAUUGCCACGGUGGACAUCAAGAACCCAGAGAUCAACAGCGUGACACGGUUCCAUGGACACAACAACUCUCAGAUGAACAACAUGCUGAGCAGCAGCUUCAAGAAGAAGGUGAAGGGAAAGAAGGUUAAGAAGCUGACCAAGGCAGACAUCGGAACGCCCAGCAACUUCCAGUGAGUAUUCCAUUUCUAAUUCCUAAUUGAUUCAUUUAUAUUCUAAUCCUUUCUAUUCUGUUCUAUCUGAUUCUAUUCUGUUCUAUCUGAUUCUAUUCUGUUUUGUUUUAUUUGGGUCCAUUUUUUAAAAUUUGGCUCUUAUUGGUGACACCUGAGUAGUAAGGGUCAUUCACAAGUCCUCACAGUGUGGGUUGAAUCCUCACAUGAGAUUUAGAUUUGUGUGGAACGUCUAGUUACUCACUGUGAUGUCUAGUUAGGAUGUGGCCCGUUGAGGUCAUCUGGGGGGUAUUGCACGGCUAAUGUAUAGCCAUACUGCCAUGUGUUAAUGUGCGGGCAAAGAGUUGAUGGGACUUUUUAAUCCUGGCCAUAUUUCUAAUCCCAUGCAAUAUGUAACUGGCAUGAUGAUUGGUAGAUGUGAGGAUAAUCUUUCCCGUGUUUUUAGGAAUUGUACACUGUGGUAGUCAAUACUAUGGUACUGGGUUACUGAAGAUGCCACUGAAAUUUGGCCUCCAGACCAAAGGACACAUUUCCACCGGUCUAAUGUCCAUUGCUGGUGUUUCUUGGCCCAAGCAAGUCUCUUCUUUUAUUGGUGUCCUUAAGUAGUGGUUUCUUUGCAGCAAUUCGACCAUGAAGGCCUGAUUCACACAGUCCCCUCUGAACAGUUGAUGUUGAGAUGUGUCUGUUAAUUGAACUCUUUGAAGCAUUUAUUUGGGUUGCAAUUUCUGAGGCUUGUAACUCUAAUGUACUUAUACUCUGCAGCAGAGGUAACCCCGGGUCUUCCAUUCCUGUGGCGGUCCUCCAUGAGAGCCAGUUUCAUCAUAGCGUUUGAUUGUUUUUGCGACUGCACUUGAAUAAACUUUCAAAGUUCUUGAAAUGUUCAUUAUUGACUGAUCUUCAUGUCUUAAAGUAAUGAUGGACUGUCGUUUCUCUUAGCUUAUUUGAAUGGUUGUUGCCAUAAUAUGGACUUGGUCUUUUACCAAAUAGGGCUAUCUUCACACACACAACUGAUUGGCUGAAACGCAUUAAGAAGGCACACCUGUUAAUUGAAAUGCAUUCCAGGUGACUACCUCAUGAAGCUGGUUGAGAGAAUGCCAAGUGUGCAAAGCUGUCAUCAAGGCAAAGGGUGGCUAUUUGAAGAAUCUCAAAUAAAAUAUAUUUUGAUUUGUUUGACACUCUUUUGGUUAAUACAUGAUUCUCUUUGUGUUUUUUCAUAGUUUUGAUGUCUUCACUAUUAUUCUACAAUGUAAAAAAUUGUCAAUAUAAAUAAAAACCCUUGAAUGAGUAGGUGUGUCAACUUUUGACUGGUAGUGUGUAUAUAUAUAUAUAACAAUUAUUUUGUUAUUUUUGUGGAUUUUCUUUCCAAUGUUUUUAUGAAUGUCGCAAGCAACAACAGAAUAAACACAUUUUGAAUUAGUAGUAUCUUUCUAAUGAUGUCAACUUUAUUAAUCAACUCCUAAUAUUGAGUAAAUUACACUCUCUGGGGUAUCUGGCAUAGGCUUUGAAAAAGCACCUGCGAAUAGGCUACCAGUGUGGUAGGUGCUGUGUCUUGACUUGGACAUUAAUUUUUGCCAAAACUUGGCUCAGCUUUGUUUAACCAGCUAAACAGCUGCUCUUAGUGAAAAUGUGUUUGGCAUUAACUUUCUAGCUAAUAGGCUACUUUAGAGUUUAUACUUCCUCUGUGUGUCCAAUCAUCCCCUGAGUAUAGGGUUCAGUAUAAAGUAGGUAGCCUAUGUGAUCAUUCCCUCAGGCUCUGUACUCAUCUCUCUCUGAUCAUGUGUUUCCUUCCAGGCACGUUGGCCACGUCGGCUGGGACCCAAACACAGGCUUCGAUGUGAGUAUGACUGACUGACUGACUGACUGACUGACUGACUGACUGACUGACUGACUGACUGACUGACUGACUGGGUUCUGACUGAGGAGGAGAUAUUGUUGUUGUUGUCUACACUGUUGCUUCUGGCUAGUAGAAUCGUCCCCUACUUCUAAUGGUAUGGGAAGACCCUAUGUGACCUGUGAUCUGCCUCUUCUUCUCACGCGGUGGUCUAGCUAGCCUGUCAUGUAACAUAUGGGACGUUUUAAUGUCACAUGCACAAGUACAGUGAAAUGCCUUUCUUGCAAACUCAAACCAGUAGGCCUGGACAGUGUGCAUUACUGGGAGAAAGAGGGGGGAGGGAAGGAGAGUGGAGAGGGUGGUUGUUGCGUUUUAUCCCCCUUACCAGUCCUCCGGCUCAGAACAUGUUUAUUUCUGAUGUAGUGUUCAUCAGACAUGAUUCUCCUCAGAAAUAUAUAUCAAAUAUUAUGACAUAUCUCUCCUCUGCCCAGUGCAGAAGUCACUGCCAGCCCAGGGUUACACAAGGAGAUUUCACAUUAUAAACCUGUUUCUGCAUAAUCCACCCAGUCGUUUCCAAAUAAAGGAUGAUAAGUAAUUAUUGCGUGGUGUUCUACACGCACAUCGAGCAGAUCAGACCGGAACCGAAGGAUUUGUUGACAUUUCUAAAAUAAGAUUUAAAUGAUUGAGUUUCUGAGCUUUAAUACCUUCAAGGACUUGAGUGGAGAGAGAUAUGAGCGCGUUUAAGAGAAAGAGAUAUAGGAUGUUUAAACAUGGUUCGACAGAAACUGGAAAGAAUACCCUGCACAUUGUCCUGUUUUGGUUAAGUUUUGUACAGAAGUAAUUCAUUUCAUAAAAGAACACAAACUGAAUGACAUAGAAUUAAACAAACUAACUAAGCUUUUGUUUGUGUGUCUGCCCAGAGAGCUAGAGUAGUGGUUUAAAGUAGAUAUGAUAUAAACCUGUGUAAUCUAGUUCUGUGGGAAUAUAAUCCCACAGCCUUCAAUCCACUCUACCGGUUGGGCAGUGGGCAGUGCCAACCUGGCACCGUUCCCACUCAGCCACCAGGUGGCGAUGCAGGGGCUGUUUACAACAGGGGUGCCAACAUCAGAACCGUUUCUGAGAACAUGAGACCGCCAGUUCUAACUGAGUAAUGUUUUAUCCCAGUGAGGUUCUAACUCAUUGACGUUCAAACUAAGUGAAGUUGUAACCAAUUGAAGUUCUAACUAAUAGUAGUUCUAACCCAGCGUGGUUCUAUUCCUGUUAGUUUCUUUUCCAGUAUUUCAGUGUGGUUCUAAUCCAGUGUUCUCUUCACUCCUCCAGGUGAACAACCUAGACCCGGAGCUAAAGAACCUAUUUGACAUGUGUGGCAUCUCUGAGGCCCAGCUGAAGGAUAAGGAGACCUCCAAGGUCAUCUAUGACUUCAUCGAGAAGAAGGGAGGAGUGGAGGCAGUCAAGUUCGAGCUCCGCAGACAAGGUGUGUGUGUGUGUGUGUGUAUGGGGGGGGGGGGAGGAGACUAAGGGCUCUUUAAGGUUGUGUGUUUGUCAGAAGAAUAUCCAUAGUAGGUCACAGUGACUUACAAAAACAAGUUGUCUUGUAGCCUAUGUAGUGCCCUAAACUGUGUGAUAGUGUCCAUAUAGAAUGUUUAGUGCUCUAGAGUCUAAUGUUCAGUGUGUGUUCCUCAGGUCCUCCACCUCCAAGGUGGUGUGGUAGGUUGGUUUAUCUCUGCAUGGGGCUGCUGUGCCAUUAGUCUGACUGGGAGCUGUCUGAUAGGCUAACUGACCUCUGUAGGACAAGAGAGUAGUUCCAUCUCUGUCCCAAAGUCUAACACAGGCUUUCCCAAACUCUGUCCUGGGACCCCCCUGGGUGCACGUUUUAGUUUUUUGCCCUAGCACUACACAGCUGAUUCAAAUAAUCAAAGCUUGAUGAUGAGGUAGUUAUUUGAAUCAGCUGUAUAGGACCGAGUUUGGGAAUCCCUGGUCUAACACAGAGAUGCACAACUCAGGGCCUCCAGUUCCUCAGGACUGAGGCCCUUGAAGACCAGGGCCUGUAUCCACAAAGUGUCUGAGUGGGAAUGCUGAUCUAGGCUCCGUUUUGUCUUAUAGAUAUAAUGAAUCAAUUAUAUGGAAACAUCUUAGAUCAGCACUCCUACUUGCAGAUGCUUUAUGAUUACGGACCCAGAGCUGUGCAACCCUGGGCCGGAUCUAACAUGUAUGGACCUUCACAGGCCAGACCAGGAGUCAGUUUGCAGUGUGCUGAAGAGACGUUUAACUUUUCUUGACUUUAGAAUGACAUGUUAGUCAAUGCUAUACUCUUUCAUACUACCACAGAGCUUUUGUCUGUUUGAGUUUCUGGGUUAGUUGAGAAGAAUAGCAUGAAGUAUAGCUGCCCUAGUGGCUACAGUCAUUACUGCAUGAUGUUAUACCAGCAACUGAGCUGUAUUUAUUUUCCUCUGAGGUACUUCUAGAAUCUAAAGCAUGUUGUGAAGUGUACAGUAGCCACAGUGUAUAUAUACAAUAGUAGAUUACAUGCUAAAAUUAUUUUCUUCUCUCUGGUCUAGCCCCCCCACCUCCUCCCUCCAGAGGUGGACCCCCACCCCCUCCCCCUCACCAGACCUCCGGCCCCCCUCCCCCGCCCCCACCCAUCAGGGGCAGGGGUGCGCCUCCCCCUCCUCCCCCCUCCAGAGCGCCCACCUCAGCCCCACCACCACCUCCCCCAUCCAGACCAGGCAUGGGCGCUCCACCCCCACCCCCAACCAGAGGCCCUCUGCCCCCUCCUCCCCAGCCUUCCCAUGCCUCCCUGGCUCCCCAUGCCCCACCUCCUCCCCCGCCUCCUUCCUCCGCCCCAGCAGGUAUGGGUUCCGGAGCACCCCCUCCUCCUCCCCCGCCUCCCGGCCCUCCUCCCCCACCCAUGCUGCCGGAAGCUGAUGGAGGGGGUGGAGGUGCUGGUAAGCCCUCAGCCCUGUUGAGCCAGAUCAGGGAGGGGGCUCCGCUGAAGAAGGUGGAUCAGAAGGAGAGGCCUGUUUCCACCAGCACCGGCCGAGACGGUCUCCUCGAACAGAUACGAAAGGGCAAACAGCUAAAGGCUGUGAGUGGACAUUACCUUAUACACUACACCCUAACCCCUAUGCCCCUGGUCCCUAUAUCCUAGCUCCAAUUUAUGAUUGUUCCAGCAUUGCGAUCCGGAGGCUCCGUACUGCGGGUGUGAUGCAAUUACAGAGCCUCCGGAGGCUUGCAGAGGCCAAAUCGAGCUCCGUACCGCAUCGCUGUGCGCCUCCCAAAUUUUGUAACAAUGCAGAGGGCUCCGCAUUGCUCCAUAUAGCUCCGCAUUGACAUGAUUGGUUGACGGUAGGUGGGGGCGCGAGGUCCUCUAUAAACCCAAACUCACCUCCUUGACAACUUCCUUCACAACAGCUCUGCUCCGCGAAGCGCAAGAAGUAUGAAUGCCCUGACUUCUACAGAGGCCGUAUCGCAGUAACUGCUGUACGGCCAAUGCAGACGUCGGCUUGACCAUGCAGCGCCUUUAAGGCUGCCCCUUCACACAUCCCCUAUCCCCUAGAGAUACUAGACGCACAUUCCCCUAUACUGGAGUGUGUUGACUGGUGUGUAAUUCCUGUGUGUGUUCCAGGUGACUGACGAACCAGGGUCAGGUGGACCCGCCACCCCUUCAGCCGGCAUCGUAGGAGCUCUGAUGGAGGUUAUGCAGAAGAGGAGCAAGGCCAUCCACUCCUCA